GUCGCGUCGAGACGGUGUUCGCGCGCGCGUGUGUUCACAACACAAAUCACCCGGUACUUGCCGCGCGACCGUCGCACCGCGCCGUCACGGUUUUCCCGCGUACGCCGUAACGCGCCCGUUCCGUCCGAAUCCGCGCGGUCCCGGUCAGUUCGCGGAACCCGUCCCGCCGCCGCCCGCGCGCUCGUGUACGUCCCGGCGCAUGUGACUUGCCCGUUGAUAAUUAGUAUACCGUCGCCGGCACUCGCGUUGGUCCGACCGCAGCGGACACCCGUCGACGCCCGGGCCAAUAAACUAAUAAUGCUGGUAACGAUACAACGCGAGAAUAGUUGCGGUUAAAAGAAAAAUAAAGCUCAUUUGAAAAAAAAAAAAAAAAAAUGAACGAUUCGGCGUCCGUGUGCAGCAGACAACAGGGUCCGUCGUAUCAUCACGGAGUCGUGAUGUCCGGCGACGAGUGCGGCGAACCUCAAUCGGCCGCCGUGGCCGGGUCGUGGACGGCCUACGGUCAUCAGUCCGUCGCCGCGGCCGCCGCCGCCGGCUACCACCAUCACCAUCAUCACCAUAAUUUACAGCAACAGCAGCUGCAGCAACAGCAACAGCAACAACAGCACCAGCAACAGGACCAUCAUUUGCACCAGCCGCAUCACGGGAUGUCGCUAGUGCCGCCGCCGCAAUCGUUGUUGCACCACCACCAUCACCAUCAGCCGGCCGACGUCGGUAGCGGUUACGCCUCGUGGCCGACGGUCGUGUACAACAAACGGCGGCCGUCGUACGCGGACGACGUGCUGUACCAUCACGCUCACCACGCGCCGCCGCCGCAGCAACAGCAGUCGCAGCACCACCAUCAACCGACGGGCGUCCCGGCCGCGGCCACCUUACAGGCGGUCGCGGCUUACAACCCGGCCGUCACGUCCGCCGGGACGGCCACGUGUUCGUCUCCGGGCACGUCGUUGGACGAACCGUCGUCCGCGGCGGCCGCGGCCGCGUACCAGACGUCCAACGAUUACAAAGACUACAAGACGUAUUGGCCGCCCGUGCAACACCAGCCGUCGCCCACCGGCACCGGACGUGUGAGCCCGUACGGUUGGAUGAAGAGGGUCGAGUACCAAGACCGGCCGCAGCCAGGUGCGUUCAUAUACAUUUAUAAUAUUUCCAAACCAACGACGUCAUUAUCGUUGGACUUGACAUUUUGUACAAAAUAAAUGAAUCACGUUGUGCGUCCGUUGGCGGAAAUUGUGCGCGGGGUGAGGAGAUUUGAGGGGUCUCUGAGCCCGCUCGCCAAAUACUAAUUAGUAAUUCGAGGGGGACCGAUUUCUCUGUUUCACACGUUUUCGGCGGGCUCAGAACCCCCAAAGCCAACCCCUCCCCUCACGAUUCCCGCCAAUGUCCGCGCACCGGACAUUCGCGUUUAGAAUGUCCGGGAACGUUCUGCGCAAAUGCCCGAUGUACCGUAAAACAGUCCAUUCGUAACUUACGUAAUAUACGUAAUUUUGCCGAAAGCGUCUUCCGCGGGUACCGCGGUCGGGCUUGUAAAAUCGGCAAGGUCAACCCCGGCGGACAGUACCUUCAGAGGUAUUCGAAGUGGGUAAAUCGUUAAUCGACUGUUCCCGUCGGCCAGAUUCCAGAUUCAGAAAUGAGAUUCCCCUCGAGAUUGCCACCGGCCGACGACGAUUUCCGUCGGUGACCCACCCACCGGGCGUUUACGCCGUGUAAAGAGAGACUGGAGUCGGGCAAUCGCGAGGAAACGGCGCGCCGGGUCCGCGUUUCGUCGAAUCCGAGAACAAAAUAUUAUUAUUGCACUACACGGCACCGAAGAUAUUAAUAAAACCGUGUAUUCGUUUGUCGAAACCCGUUUACGUCCGGCCGGUUUUCCGACGAUUCCGCGGUUAUUUUUAAACGUCGUUUGCCCACCGAACCGAUUCGAUUCGAAAUCCGGAACAUUCCGCCGCCAAACGGUUUACCGCGGACGGUUCCCGUGUAAUUUAUCGCCCCCAGUCGUAUCGCGGACGACGUGUUUAUCCCCGACCGGCGGCGUCGAACAUCGCGAUAAUUCGCCGUUCACAAACGGAAUUGCACGUUUGUUUUUAAAUUUACCAUAAUGUGCGAUAAUGUGUUGUGGGUGCCGCAACAUAAACAUUCGAACAUUGUACGGCCGCGGAGAGGGGGUGGGGCGAUAGGCGGAUCUCCCUCUCCCCCCUUGAUCCGUAUUUUUUUUUUUCAUCCGUUCGUAAUAAACAAUCGAAUGGGUACCGUAAGGGGUUGCGAAUUGAAUUUUGAAAUAUCGGGGAAACGUUCCCCGACAUUAUUGCCCUAUGAUUUUUUUUUUUCCUUUUCGUCAUUUUCGCCCUCCCCCCCGAAACAAACCGCGACCGGCGAGCUAUUUUCCGCGAAAUUUACCGACGCACGUUUGCCGGGUUAAAAUCAUUACGUCUGUCGAGUCUUAUUUUUCCGUCGGCGUUUACCGAAAUAUUUCGGUUUAUCACCACGCAGUUAGGUGGGGGUGGGGCAUGCGGCAGGCGUGUUGUUGCCAAUAAAAAUAGAUUUUCUCUCUAAAUAUCCGUUGAACGGAACGUGAGUUGAAAACAACUCGUCGGACAUUGAAAACCCAUAAAUUAAAAAUACGGAUUCGGUUCGACUGUCGCGGCCGCGUGACACGAUGCCACCGAAGCCGGUUGCAAUGGCCGCUGCAAUACAAUAGCCGAAAAUUACAUUCGGCGAACGAGGGGAAAUUCCGAAAACGUUACGGCCGACCGGUUUGCAAUUGCCGAACGAACAUUAUCAACAAUGCGUUAUAACGGCCGGUUAGCGGUUGCCGAAACGGCGGAUAAUCCGCGGUUACGGGUGCCGACAUAGAUAAUAAUAACGCGGUCAUUCCGUCGGGAUCGUUCGAGUUUUGUGUGUUCAAGAUAUUACUAUCGACGUUAGACAGAGUUAUUUAAUUCCCCGUUUUUUUUUUUUUUUUAUUAUAGGUACCGAUCGAAAUUUCACCGCACUCCGUACGCAAUAGAAUAAUCCUCCGAAUAACGUGACUGCAGUGCCAUAGGCUUUAGCGUUUUACACAAAUAUUGUUAUCGCCUGCAGUAUUAAAUUUUUGUCGCAUUCAAUUGCGUUUGCACGGUCACCGGUAUAUAUCUAUGUGGGGGAAAAAAAAAAAAUAAAAACAAAUAACAAAAGGUUGAAAUUUUAAAUUGCAGAUGUCGCGAAAUUGUAUUACGCGGAACCGUGCGUAUUGUUGAGUUUUAACCCGGGGCGGGUGAAGAGGGUCGGGGAGGGCGAACGCAGGAAAAAAUUUCGGUGCGAGUUUUACACACGCCUAAAAAAAAAAAUUCAAAUACCCCCCCCCCACCGGUCUUAUUGUAUUGGAUUUUGCUGUCGUAUAACACGAUAUUAAUGGGAUGUUUAUAUUUCGGGAGGGGUGACGGAAGCCCCAGAACCUUCACCCUCCUCCUAAGCAUUUAAUUUGUUCGGAUUUCGGAUUGAAAUUUUACUUGAACCGUGUAAUUAGCACGCAGGGCAAAAGUACAAUGCAGAAAACAAUAAAACUAUAACGAUAUUGUUGCUGGAGUUUUUUUUUUUUUCUCUCUGUGGAAUUAGAAUAAAUUGUAAUUAUAUCUCAUUUGAAAAUACGUGUUUUUUUUUUUUUUUUGUUGGAAAAUAUCAUCGUUUGCAAAAUGGGCCGUACCGUCCUACCGUCCCGAAAGCGAUAAUUGGUAAGAGGAGCUUCCCUCCCCCUCUCAAAAUCCGAGCACUGUUUAUACAACGCGAAAAAGUCUCGACAGAACUUUUGCCUUGACAUUUAAUUUAAAUAUCCACAAUUGCGAUUACGGUGUUGUUAUUUUGUUUGUGUUUUUUCAUUGCUGCGGCUGUAUAAAUACACGACAGAAAUGUGUAGUGUUUAAAAAAACGAACGAUAUUGACCGUAUUUUAUUUAUGGGCAUUCGAUAAUGCAGUCAAUAUACUAAAAUAUGGGCACCCGGGAAUCUGGCCACAACGAACAUUUUUUCGAAAAGGUAACCGGGCGACUGUUUUAAACGGUUUUUUUUUUAUAUUGAAUCCGGCAAUCGGGUCACUUUAUUUGAACACAUUUUAGAUUUGACAAAAGGCAAACGUCUGCACACUGCCACCACUCUUUUAAACCAUAUUAUUAUUUUCUCCGCGAUUACAAAUUUAAAUUUCUUAUACGUUCGCGUUAUAAUCGAUUUAUGUUGACGGCGCUUUCGAUUAUUGUGCGAAGCAAAAUCUGUACCGCGUUAUUUUAAAAAAAAAAAAUUGUAAAACUAUUCGACUAAGUUUAUAGGUAUUGCAUUUUAUAUUAUGCACAUUGGUGUAUUUAAAAUUGUAUACUCUUGUGUUAUUAUGUACUUUUGUGGCCGUCGAUGACACCCGGGUAAUAAAAUGUACAAAAAUUAGUGUUUGCGCAGCACGUAGAUAAAAUGUGGCCCGAUUCCCGGGCGCCCAACAAUUUUCUAGGUAUUGGUCAUUUCGCGUUUAAAACAUUUUCCCAUAAUUGUCGGCAAAACAUUGAUCAAUCGAUCGAAACAUUUUCAAUAUCCAAUUAUUCGGUAUUAUUAUUAUUUCGCAUUCUAUACGCGAAUCUAUAUUCAAAGGCGAUCAAUAAAAUAUUAAGUGUAUGCAUUUGUUGCGAUAUCAUUUUUUUUUUUUUUUACAAAUUAAAUUAACUCUAUAUGGUGUACUCGUGCAUGGAUACAAAUUAUAAUUGCGAAAUUUUAAUUCAAAUAUAAAUACUUCAUUAUAAUCGUGCGUGCAUUUUGGUUUUUUUAAUUUUCUUUGCUUUUUCGGUUGAAAAACAAAAAAAAAAUCGUAUAGGUAUCGUUCAUAAUAUUAUCCAACGAUCGCGGACGUGACCUUAUACGAUACAAAAACUACCAAAUUAUUGGAAAGGAAACCGAAUUGUCCGGGUAUACUAAUAGCGACAGUUUUUUUUUUCUAUUUACGGGGUACCAUUUACUCUAACAUUAUCGUGAUCGUUUUAAAAAAAGAAAAAAAUCACGGUGACGCGAGACCGACUGUUGAUUUUUGGUUCAGAAUAAUAAAAGCAUCACUAUGAGUUUUUUUUUUUCGAUUAUUCUGAUUAUAACGGCCAAUAGCACGUCGUUUAUAUAAAGUAAUGACGGUUACUUCAAAAAGUUAAUAAUCCAUGUAAAAAUUCCACAAAUUAUAUUAUUGUUAAUUUUUUUUUUAAACUGUCGCGGCGCCAUCCGUCAUGUUGCCCUUUCAGAUUCUGAGCGCAACCAGGAACGUACUGGUUUUAUUACGACGCGCGCCUCUGUUUUUGUCGGUGUCCCCGAUAUUCCUGCUACAGGUCUCCGUUUUGAUAUUCCGUCCAAUCAACGUUUUCUAUCCUCCUCGGCCGCGCAUACCUGUUGGUCUCCUCCAUUGUAGAGCCGCUUCUAUUUACCGUCCUCAUUUAGAGUGACGAAAUUGGGAUACUUUUUUUUUUUCAAAAGGCGUGGUUUUUACAGAGGCCUGGGGGGGGCUACGUCCCCCGCCAGCUCGCCAACAAACGGCCUCGUUUUUCAUCGCACGUUCUGUUUUCUUCAAGUUUACACGGUAUACUUUGGCGCGAACAUUUGAAUGUAUGGGCACUUGUUAAGUUUUCAUACGUCGACUGUCAGUACGAAGUAUUAAGGUUAUUUCAAUAUUAACACGGUGUCGCCGCGCGCGGGAAUGGCAAUUCAGCGGUUCCGUAUAAAAACCGGCCCCGUUGAAUUUCGCUUUUACGAGUGUCGCAGUUAUUGUCAAUUCGAAAUCCGCGCGGUGGAAAUUUAAUGUUUCCGUUUUGACAGUUAAAAAUUAUCGAUUACUCAACCGGUGGACAUUUGGCGCGAUUAGUUAAUGUGUACAUUUUAACGAUACGCGUACGCCAAACGAAAAGUCACGUCCCCGUGACCCGCCCCCCCCCCCCCCGUAAAAAUACGCCGCUGUUGUUACUCGACACUUCGCGGCGCCCGUCGCGCGUCCAAAACCGUGUGUCGCCGUCUCAGCGAUCCCAUUUCGAUCGAAUUUUACCGUUCGCGUUUCGUAUCUCGCGCGGCUCCUCCUUCACGGGACUCGUUUUUCGUGGCCAAAUGCAACGGUGUGAUCGCAACUUGUGCGGUACGGCAGACGCAACGGCCGCCGCCGGCAGUGAUUCCCAGUCUUGUUGUUUCGGUCUCUGGCUGGUAAUAAAUAUCACCGCCCGCCGUGUUCUAUCCUCCGCGAAAAGCCGCGGAACACGGAACGGUCGUGGUCAAUACCCUACGUGUUUGGCCACGCGCGAUACCGUAUAAAACGGUAUAGAUUCCACGUUCGUAAAACAGACAAUCCGAUAGCGGUGUGAUACACCCGAGUAGUGUACGAUAACACUUGAUAUUCGGAAGCGAUUAACCAAACAAAGUGUGUGUGUGUGUGGGGGGUGGGGAGGUAAUAUUCGAUUUCGAUUUUCGAACGGCCACGUCUAAACGCUCGAAAUACGUACCCGGGAAUCGAGUGAAAUACGCCAACGGAGGUGUGUGCGUUGUGUCCCGCUACGGACUCGCUGUGGCCCGCCGCGCAGCGCUCCCGGAAUCAUCAAAACGAUUUCGCGCCGUUUUUGUUCCUGUUCGCACCGCGCGGCCGCCGGAGUACUAGGCGCUCGCGCGACAUUUGCUCUUUUAAAAACCGCUUUUGUGUGUACGGGUACCGCGUAUUGUGCGUUAUUGUAACGGUACGGUUUAUCGGCGGCAUCGCGAUAACAAUAAUAUCGGCCGUCGGUGGUCGGGGGUGGGGGGCGAGUUAUGUACACGGUAUCUCGCGCGCGUCUAACGGAGUUGACGUUCGUUCGUACGCGGCACCGAUAUAUUCUACGUGCCGGCACACGCACGCGCGCGCUCUCGUUGUCGCCGUAUUUGUAUUUGUCGUCAAUGACAUCGGCACGGGUGGAGCGUGUGCGCGCGUGCUUGUGCGUGUGCGUGUGUGCGCGUGCGAGAUAAAACCGUAAAGGGGCCGACACUACCACUCGGCCAACGCCAUUGUGUGCCCGGUCGUCGGGGCCCCGCGGAUUCUUACGGUUCCCCGGACCCCCCGGGCGUUGCGCGAUCGUCUCGCCUCCGACAACAACAACAGCAACAGCAACGACAAUAAUAAUAAUAAUAAUAAUAAUACUCGAUAAUAUUUAGACGUAUCCGUCGGGCCUUGUUGCGUUACAAAUCCUCGGCCUGUUGUUGUAUUGUUGCGACGCCCGCCUGCGCCCCGCCGAACGGGUCGAGUAAACCCGACGUAAACGCGGCACGUGAUAAUAUACGCGCGCCUUCCGAACGCGGACGUACGGCGUGCGACGGUGGCAACGACAGUGCCGGUUACGUCCGCGUUCCCCCCACGCGACAGUCCGACAUAAUAAUUGACGUGUUGCAUAUGUCGGUUUAUUAGCGCGCGCCGCCGGGAUUUUCGGAAAUCCUCCGACGCCGCCGACUCGAAUGUCCGCUCCGGGGCGCCUGUUACAUCCGACAGAGUAGGUGUUUUUUUUUGGGGGGGGGGGAAAGGGGAAAUAACCGUCCGCGCGUUCGCGUUGUCCCGCAUGAUCAUCCCGUCCGCGUUCCCCGACAUUCAAACGCGUUCUAUCAGCAACGGAUCGUGUUUUACGAACGUAUGCGUCAUACCGAAUGUUUAAAACGCCCCGAGAAUAACGUCGAAGACCGUCGGAUUGCAUUAUGUUGUUGUUUUUAUACCAGCGCCGCGACCCGUAGGGGUUGCCAACUCUUUUAUUUACGGAUAAGCGGGAACCGCCGGAUAUUUGUGCGCGGGACAUGCCGGCGAAAGAAACGAGGGGAAACAAACGGUUUUAAUAAAUUCGCAUCAGUUCCGUUGGAAAUUUGCAAUAAAAUCAACAGAGUGAUCGCCGUUUCAAAGCGAUUGCCGUCGCGGGUUUUUUUUCAACGCCGCGCGACGCGCCGGCAAAUAUGUAACGGUACAAAAUAAAUCGUGUCGUAUUGUGUUCCACAAAGGUGUCGCGUUUGAGACCGCAACGUUGUUACAAAGGCGACGCGGCCCGAAAACAAUAUCGAUUUUGUUGUUGGUAAAACGUGUUUCGCGCAAAGUGUCCCGCCGCCAUAAACAUUCCGAGACAAUGUCCGAAUUGAAUAUGUAAAUGUUCACCGCCGAUGUUUGACGAACACAACCGGCACGUGCAACGAACGGAUUGUGUCGAAAUUCCGGACGGACGCGCGCAACGGGACCGGCGUGACGCUCGCGUGUCGUCCACUGUGCGUAACGAAUGAGACGACACGUCCCGACCGACUCGAAUUCGUCGUCGCCCUGGCCCAAACCGCCGGACGGAUCCGGCCGCGAAACUUUUGCCGCGCGGAUACCGCGCUAUAAUUACGACGCGGGCGCGCGCUGCGGAAUUUUUUUUUUUCGAAAAUUCAAUUCCCGAGUAGAGGGUUGUUUUUAGUAGGUAUGUUUCGUACCGGUAUCGGUGAUUGCGUUUUUAUGCAUUUAUUCAUUCCGUGUUUGUUCGAGGAUCACCUCGGUGUUUACGGACGGUGAUUCGGUUGCCGCGGAAAUGAAAACCGUUACGGUUAUUAUUUACUAUUACUAUUAUUCGCACGGUUAAAAUUACGCAAAUAUAACGAACGACGCAUUUGGUCACCCGCCCUCCCCGCCUGUUUGUUUCAAUUCGGCUCUGAAAUACGUCUCGGACAGGUUUGCCGAAGACAGGGGCAAAUGGCGUCCCGCGGACGCGCGUUGUUUGAGCCCCGGAAACGGGACGUUCGGUGACUCUGGGCCCGCGACCGAAAUUGCGUGAUUUAUCGCGGUAAAAAAUGGCAUCGCGAACGUCAUUGGUUUCGCGUCGACGGUCAUUAUCCGCGAACCGCUUUUUAUAUAGUGAAUUUCGCUCCGACUUUCAAGCGUAACGGUUUUUUCCGAAAGGAUAUCGGACCGAGACGGUACUUUAGGGAGGUCGUUGUUUUCUUUUGAUUAAGGUUUUUCAUAAUACGUUGAAAAAAUUGGGGAAAACAGGAUAAUUUACGGAAACGUAUUAUUUUCGAAUCGUAAAUAUUACGGCCUUUCAUAACGUGUGUAACCGAACUCUGCUCAGAAUCGUGUUUUUCGUUAGCAAUGGUUAAUCGUCACGCACAGAUUGAAUUUUCCAACUUUUCACCCGCAACAGUGGCCCACCCGUCACGCAAUGGUAUGUCCGUUCGUUUUUCGCAAAUACGAUUCAGUGUUUGCGAUAUUUGGCACCGGUCUAGUUUUAUAAUAUCGCGUAAUAAUACCGUAAGGCAUUUACGGGUAAAAGUCGAAACGUAAUACGAUAUUUAUCGCGCACGGAAUUCACGACGGAAAUUCAAUUGUUGAGAUGCCCUUGCAGAGUAGUGUUCCAUUAAAUAAUAAACAGUGUUACAAUAAAUACUGUUAUUAAUGUAUUUAACAAUUAUUACAGAAUGCUAAUUAUGCAUUUCAGUUGGGAAACCGAUGUAUAAAAAUAUUUUCUUGAACAACAAAUGCACGUGUAGCGUUAUCCUAUUAUCCGUUGUGCUAUUAAUUCUGUUUUUAAUCGGGUUUUGCGCGAAGGAUAUUUAUAUAUACCGUGUAAUACGCAGAGGAAAAUUGAAUUUCUAUUUUCAUCCUUUAAUCGCCGAUAAAUAAUAACUUUUAUUUUAUCGCUUUUCAAAAUAUGAACAACAAUCAGCGCGGCAAUUCCUUAAUUAUCUUCAAUUGGAUAUUAAUUGUCUUCGCUCCUGUGUUCUAUACACUCGAGCCGCUAUAACUAAGUAACGUGUAUUAAUCGGAUAUGAAUGCACGGUUCAUUAAUUAAAAUUUUCAGAACAGUAUAUUUUCUAAAAUGGCCAUUUUGAAAAUUGUGAAAAGUGACGAGGUGAAAAGUAAUUUUGUUCAGCGAUUAAGGGUUGAAAAUGGAAAAGUCGCACAUAAAACCGAUUGGAGAAUAAAACGGAUAUUGACCGAGUUGGCAGCAUACGAAUAGCGCUUUCAAUACAUUCGGGAGGGGGAUCAACCCCCUCCCAUCCGAGUCGUAUGGGACCGUGGCGUGGUGGUGUCGUUUGAAAAUCGACGGUUCCCUCCUCCGACGGCCCCCCCCACCCGGGCGCCGACACGGUUCUGGGCGCAUCGCCGGCAGUCGGUCGUGUCGGCUUUUCAAAUCCGUUGUCGUCACCAAUGUCGCGCGCGUGCCAACAAUAAUCGGUGACAAUCGUACCGAUUACGUGUUGUGUUCGACACGUCCGUGGUUUGCGCGUCGUCCAUCACGUCGCCGUCAUUGUGUUUUAACAUUUUCUGCCGCGUCUCCGGCGCGCCGUUACGACAACAGUGUCGACGUUGUCCGAGUAGAAUGCCCCGGCCCGCGUUGUACCGUACCGACGCGUACCGAUGUUACAGAUAAUGCGAUAAUACCAUUAUUGUUAUCGUCGUCGCGCGUAUUCGGCGGGUCGACACGGAGACCCGGGAAAUCCGUGGAGAGCCGCGCCUAUUGCUAUUAAUAUUGUUGUUGCUAUAGCGUCUUGCGCGUACGCGUUAUUAUUGUAAAUCAUUCGGUGGUGGGGGGGGGGGAGUGAGGGGGCGGGAAAAGAAUCGAAAAGAAGGGAAAAAAAAAAGGUUCCGAUACACGGACCGUUGUAACGUUGAACGCCGUCGGUAAUGUAUACGCGCGUGUAGUGUAGUGUAAUAAUAAUAACAACAAUAAUAAUAAUAACAACGCGUCAAAAGACGCCGCCGGCCCGGAGUUGUUGUUUGAACUGCGCGGCGCGUUUCUUUGUCGUCCGCGCGGCGCGGCCCCCGGGUCCCUCGUGUCGCGGACGCCCGCCCGCCGGAUCCCCGCGCGCUCGCCUCUAUUCACGGCGGCGAUAAUGCGCGCGGCCAUCGGUACGCCGCCGCCAUAAUAACGACGACGACGACACACGCGCGAUGUAUUGUAUUGUAUUACGUUUUAUUGAGCGGCGCGCACGCGGUUAAUAUUACGUGCGGACGGGUCGGGAUUUCGUUUAAACGGGGGUUGGGGGGGGGGUUGGGUGAAAGGAGAAGAAUAGAAGAAAAAAGUUUUUUUUUUUUUCCCCCGUAUUUCGCCCGCCCGAAAAGGGUGAAAUUUAUGUGGCGUUUCUCCUCGGACCGGACGACGACGACGACAGAAUAAUGCGGCGGCUCGUAUUGUGUGCGUGGUUGUCGCGUACGUUUUACACCGCCGCAGCGCCACCCACUGAGACGUGAUACACAAUAAACCGCGUCCCGGACGCCGAGAUAUUAUCGUUAUUAUUAUUAUUAUACCUUUUUUUUUUUUUUUCUCAUGUUAUUGUAACCGCAUCGGGGAUAAUAAAGAUAUUACGGAUAGGCCGUCCGCACCGGCGGCGUUCCAAGAGGGACGGGUGUGUACGGUCAUUCCUCCGAAAUUGAUUCGGUGAGACGUUGACGUGACGACUGAUUGGAAAUCGCCUCGGUUUUCCGAACCCUCCGCCUAGCUUACGGUAUAUUCUUAUGCAGGUGGGAACCCGCAGCCAUUACUUCGUUAUCUACGGUCAACAGCCGACGGCGGCGGGACGACGUAGGUUUUCACAAAUACUUCCCCGCUGUUGCCGUCGUUUAUCGGACAAUUUCAAUAAUACAUAUGCGAUACGAAAUCAACAAUACAGAAAAUAUGUAAAUCAAUAAAUUAACAACGAACCGCAAUAUUGCAGCGCCCCCUAAAAGCAUAGCUUGUCCCCGGGGGAGCGAGUUCUGAUCAUUUUAAGAGUACAUAAACCUAAACACCUUUAGUUGUUCAUAACCAGACAAUUCGUUUAAUUUUAUUGAAAACGUUCGGUAAACCUUCUUAUAAAUUAUCCAUUAUCAUCGAUAAAUCUAAGUGUUUCAAAAUAUUUAAAAUUUUCAAAUUGAUUAAUAUUUAAAAUAGAUACAAUAUUAAACCAAUAUUACGAAAGAAAAUAUAUAAUACGUAACAUGUGAUUAUUUUACAAUCAUAUGGCAUAUUAAUAAUAUAAUAUUAUUGACAAAGCAACACUAUUAAACGAAUUCCGCUCAGAAUCGUUUUUUCGUUACCAAUGGUUAAUCGUUGCUGUACACAUUAAAUAUCCCCCUACCUUUCCGACAGAAAUGUGACAAAUCAAUAUUUAAUUGUGACAAACAACCGUGUAUGUCAUGUAUUAUAUUACGGUUAUUUGUGUGAUGGGAUUUAUUAAAAACAAUAGUAGACGAUAAUUGAUUAUCGAUUGUGAGAAAAUUGGCGAUAAAUCGUAUCCAUAGUAUAAUGUGCAAUAAUUUUGAACCUUUUUUUUUUCUCUCUUUUAAAGAAACAAAUCUUUUCCGUCGUCCCUGAACAAAUCUGUUUGAUCGAGUUAUUACGUUUCUCGCGAAAACCACCCCACGACCCCGUUCCCAUCCAUAUUUAAAACAAUAUAUAUUUUUUCAUAGUCCAUUUCGGGCCUUAGGUUCUUCAACUAUUUUUCGCCAUUUUUCCCUAUUUUCACUCUCUUCCAGCUGCAUGACAUUCAAUGUCCGCUUUGAAAAUAUCCAUCCAUCUUUGCCUCGGUUGUUAACCGAUAUCGUUAACCCCCUCCAUACGUGCCCCGCUGUCCAUUCCGUCACUCGUUCGCUUUUGAUAAAAAUACUUAUUAAUGUUGAAAUAGUUGGUCGACUCUCUCGCGUGCUGUUAUACGGAUUUCGCAUUUCGCACUUUUGGCCCGUCAAUACGGCGGAGAACGUACUUUUCCUUUGGAAAAUCCCUGAGUUUUUCCCCGCCGCUUUUUGUUACCGACCGCGUUUCGCGUCUGCAUAAACUAAGAAUAAAUUACCUAUAUAAUAAUAACGAAAAAAAAUAAAAAAUAAAACGACGCAAAUAUUAUAACAAUUGUUAAAAAUAAUUACCUUCGUCCCAUCCCCUCCCGUAAUGAAAUCCGCUGGCGUACGCGCGUGCUGUGCAAAACAUUACGAGUAUUAUUUUAACGCCAUAAUACGACGUUGGCACGUUUGGCAAUUAUUCCGAGUCCUUCUGUUUGGUAUAUUAUUAUACCUGCCCGAUAUUAUUCGCACAAACAGAAGUGAAGAAUAAUAAAUAUUAAAAAAUUCGUAUAUUCGUCUGGUCGUUAAAAAAAUUGUCGGUAAUUUUAGAUAAGGAAUUCUCGAAAAUCCGGUCGCUACCGCGAUUUUUUUCCUUGACGGCUGUUGUAAUACACUAUUUAUAGAGAGGUUACCUACACAUUAAUAUUAUUAUUAUUGUGCCUUUCUACACGCCGCUCAGCUGCUGAGAGCCGGUAUGUAAUAUAACCGUGACACGUUAAUGAUCUGUAAAACACGUUUAUUAUGUGGAUACGUGUACAAUAAUAUUGUGCAGCAGCAGCUAUAUGGAAUAGUAGUAAUCAUUAUUAUUAUUAUUAUUAUUAUAGAAUGUUCAAACGCCGUGAGAGGGGAGAAUAUUAUACGCUGUACCACAUCGAAUUUUAUUCCGGAAUGAAUUGUAAAUCGGCUUGUCGAUACGAGUCGAUUGUGACAAUAAUACAGUUGUUAAGAUUACUAUUAUCUAUACAAGACGUUCGAUUAUCACGGAGAGCGUUGAGUUUUUUCGGAUUUUCGUUUGUUUUGAAACCUGACGGAGGAACGAGCGGUUGUACAAUUUUACAUUACCGUUAUUUUCGGAGAUAAAACCAUUACUCGCGUCUGAUUUCCGAAUAGAAAUCUGUAUUUUAAAUUCUAUAAACAGUUUUAAUAGGUUAAAUUCAUUCUGGUGUCGAUAUUUUUAUUUUAUGAAUAUUCGUCGACGAGUAGCGGAGUAUAAUACUUUGUAUGACGUACAGUGGUUUCAAUCGCGUUCCUAGUGGCCAAAAUAGACAAUUACAAUAUCGAUAAUGCUAAUGAUCUUAAAAUCAUCAAUCAAGUACCGUUUCCCCUUAUUUAUUCAAAUAAUCCCUUACAACGCUACAAACCGAGUAACAAUAGAAGGCAAAAAAGGUUUACUGAAUACUGAUGUUCACAUUUUAACCUAAACAUUUUCAAAUUGCUAAUAAAAAAUGAAUAAUGGCAAAAUAUAUUUAUCUACUUUAACUUUUAUUAGGGCGUACACAAGGGGGAAUGUGGGGGUCAAAUUUCCUCUCAAUAGGAUUUUUUUUUAAACGUAUAAAUUAAUGUUCUUAUUGUAAGGACGUUACAUGGAAACUUAGAAAAAAAAAUAUUCCAAGGAUUAAAAUUAAUUUACUAAUGACUAAUCAUAUAUUGAUUUCUUAUAUGGUAUAUACGUAUAAAAUAUAAUUUUAAUAAGAGUCGAGAAUACAAUUUGACCGACCGGCCGUGGUCAUUCCUAUCGCUGCUAAAGAAGUAAUUGAUAAAUUGACUAAAAAAUAAAGUACAUUUUUGUAUUAUUAUUUGUAGAAUUUUGAAAUAAAAUGUUUUAAUAUAUUUUUUAUUGAUUAUUUCUUAACGUGCCUAAAAUAAAUAAUAUCUAUUAAUUAUUUUUAAAUAAUUUGCUUCUAUUUCAUAAUGUUCCUUCCAAAAUUAAUUGUUUGAAACUGAUCCCCCCUCCCCCAUACAAAAGUUAUAUAUAUGCCACUGACUUAUUGAUAAUAAACUUGAAUUAUAUACUAAAAAAAUAAAAUACAUAAUUAUAAAUACUACUAAUUUUUCAAUACGUAAAAAAACAUAUAGCCCAAAUUAAACCUUGGAUUACAAAAUAAUGGUGGCUUUGACAAUGAUGUGAAACAGAAUGGUGGAGAAAAACAUCUGGUGUGUUUUGUGUGACAAGAAAAUUGAAACGAGACUUAAAGAUAAGUUCUUCAAAAAUGUAGCUAGACCGACUAUAUUGCAUAAUUUGGUAUGUUGGGUGAUAGACAGAAAAAUAGUGUAGCAUAGGUGAGAAUGCUUAGGUAGAUGAGUAGAGCGACGAGAGAAGAUAGGAUAAGGAAUCAGUAUAUUAUAAGAGAUAGCUUGAUCGUGGCUUUGAUAGUACAGAUAAAAUUACAGAAAAUAUACUGCGAUGGAUAUAAAGCGAGAGGAAUUUAAAACGGUAGAAUUGUAAUGGAAAUAAACGUAGGAGGAAAGAGGGAGAAAAGAAAAUCGGAAAUUGGAUGCGAUUAAGAACAAUCAUGAUAUAAGGACAGCCGGUGUUUGUGACGUGGGAAAUCGGGACAAGUGGAAGUUUAGGACGAGGAUGGCUGACCCCAAAUAGUUAAGAUGAAGCCCAAUAUUUUAAAAAAUUGGUUUUAAUAUUUAGUCUAACAAUUAAAGAUAAAUUUAGAAAUAUAGAAAUAAUUUAAAUACCUAGUGUUAUAAAUAUAGCGAAAUUCAGCUUUUAUGAUGAAAAAUACCAAUCUUGUUAUAUUUACCAAUAAUUAAGAAAACUGCGAGGAAAUGACUUCUCUAACGUAUUAAUGUCUAGAUAACAUUUUCUUUCAGAAAAAAAAUGCUACAAUUGAUUAUCGGAGUAUGAAUUCUGGUAGAAAAGUUGUUUACUAACAGAACAAAAAAAAUGACAUACCUCGGGUAAUACUAAACACUAUAAACACUAUUUUACAAACAAGAAAAUUAAGUCUUUAAAAUUACAAUAACCAUUUGGGAUUAGACGUAGUUUUAAAAUUAAAUUUUCUCAGAAUAAUAACGUUGUUUUAUUUGUGAGGGUGAUAUAUUUGAUUUACAGAAAAAAAAUGUGCUGACUAUAAAACAUAUAUCGUUACAUAAAUGGUUUUUUUAAAUUUUUUUUAAUGUACACCAUCACUUAUAACUACAACAUAAAACUCGAGUUUCAACGAACAUUAUGACAUUAUUAGAUCACGUCCCUUAAUUUCGUUUUAAUUUUCAAAAAUCUUAUAGGGGUACUUUCACAUUUUUUUUUUUGUAUUCGUAUAUAACAAUAAAAAAACCAUCCAAUGAACUAUAAAAAAAAAAAAAACUACAAGGACGUAUAAAUUUAUUAAUCUUUCUCGGAAUAUUAUACUGCAGCGUAUAGCUCGUUUUAAUAUUUAAAAUGAUCGAGUAUAUAGAUAAGAUUUAUAUUAUUUGUUUGCAUUAUUUUUUAUACCUAUAUCGUCUAUACCUACUUGUAUUUUUUACGUGUUCGAGUAUUAGGUAUGUUAAUUUAUAUUAUUUGCAGCAAAUAAAUUAUAAUAACAUAUCGCAAACGAUUAUCUCUUGCACGAAUAUAUAUUUCAUUUUAUAGGUUUAUAAAUUUCAAUGCAGAUUAUAUUUUAUAAAAAAAAAAUUGUCAAGCUGAAUAACAAGGUUACCAUAUAUGCGAAUCAAUAUACUGUAGAAAAAAAACUCCGAUUUUUCAUGCUAUACCUGAAAAGAUUUUUCGCUUGUUAGUACUAUUAAUUUCACACUUAAAAGAUAAAAAAAAAAAUGGUUGUAUUUUGUUUUGAAAACACUUUUUCGGCUAUAGUAAAAAUGUUGGGAUUUUUUAUGGCGUAUACGUAUAUAUAUGUUAAGGUUCGUUCAUACUAGAGCUUCGUCACUUCAUGAAGUCGAAUUCCCCCUCCCAUCUAUUUUGUGUUGUUUAAUAAUACUAAUACAAUACUACAAUAAUUAUACUACGCCCCCCCCCAAAAAAAAACGAUGUAAAUUUAAAGAUAAAUAUUGUAUGGGUGGGCGUUUAAAGUUGAAACCACUUCCAAAAGGCACAACCUUGUUACUAACGUCAUCACACAUACAAAAUUUCGUCCCCGUGGAUUCAUUUAUGAGGGGUCCGUAGAAGAGUUCGAAGCCAAAAAAAAAAAAACACACUCAUUCCACCCGUAACAACAAGAUAGUGAAAUUUGUAUUGAAAUUCAAUCCGACUUGUAUCACUUUCAUCCGCCUAUAAAACAACUCUUAGUCCGGCGUUAGAGUUAAUUUUUUCUUGAGUGGACCGCCAAGUAUCCUCCACAAGUAGCGGGAAAAAUAUGCAGCGCAAUAGUAUCUAUAUUUUCGUGGAAAAUUCGACAAAAACCGUGUAUAAUGUGUAUUUAGUGAAUAAUAUAUUAUUAUACUGAUUCAUUCGAAAAAAAUACGAUUAUUUAUCUUACCUAUAAUUGUACUUAUUAUUUUAAUUCGAUAUUAUGUAUUUUGAGUUUAAAAAAAAAAAAAAAAUAUUAAUGUGAUUUUUCGAUUGUACGAUUAAUAUUUUUGUUUUUUUAAUGCAUUUAUUUUAUGUUUUUAAUUGAUUAUAUACAACUAAAGUUUUCAUUUCGGUAUCUAAUGAAAUAUGUAUGUAUACGACGGUGAUAGUGUAAUACGCGAAUACAGUUUAUACAACGGCCCUUCAGAGUUAAUUCGUUUAUAUUAUAUUGUAUUUAAAUAUUUUAAAACCAUAAUCAAUCGUGGCACUCGAUAGCCGAUUUCAUCAGAAACCGUGUUCUUCACUAAGCAAAUAUUGUCAUACAUUAUGUAAAUAUACUUACUACAUAAAUUGUCCGAUGUAUCUAUGUAUUAGAAAAAAAAAAAAAUGAAUUAUGUUUAGUUACUCAUUUAAAUUGUAAUAAUCUUGUGCACGAACACAUUUGAUGGGCAGAAAUAAAUGACAUUUACAAAUAGCUACUUCAAUUUACAAGACAGGAAUUUAGUUUCAGUUGGCCUCUGAUCAGAACUUGAAAACCGGCCAUUUUUAUAGGUACGUUCCGAGUGUCCCACCCAUUGGUGUUUGACGGAUUUUUCUAAAGCUGUUAAUGUUCAAUUUUCAAAAACGUAUUUUUUCAAUCUUGUGUUUUUUGAGAGGGAUAUCUAUUUAGAUACACGUUUUAUUUUCAUCCCCUAAUCACUAAAAAAAAAAAAUAAAAAAAAUAUUUAGUCACUUUACAAAAUCGUCAAAAUAAUCUAAUUUUUUUUUUUUAUUCUGUCAACGAUAUUUCUAUACCAAAACGUAUGUUGUUUCAAUCGAUAACGUUCUAGGAACUUUCUUGUGGCGUUUUCGACUUUGCCGGUGCGUUGAGGUGGUAAUUUCGUUUUAUGUUCGCCGGCAGUCUUAUAUCCGUUCGGGACGAACGGGAAGAAUUUGUUGUUGUCGGUCACACGAAUUACCCCGGAAACGAGGGGGGAAACGACUACGGAAUUUGGUGUACAUUGAAACGCGGUGAACGCGGAUCGACGACCCGGCGCCGGAACGGAUCCCGGAGUUGCUAACCAUAGUUAUCAUUAUUGUCGGUACGCGGCAGCAGCGCGUGCGUUUGUGACGUACCUAUUAUUCGGCGUGUACAGUCGCAGUUGUCGUCGCGCGUUUCGGUGGCGGCGAAUAACAGCCGUGUGUUGUGUUGCAGCGGCGUUAAUAUAAAACGGGCGUAUUAACUGCGAAUAAAUCGGACGCCGCCGGCGAGGUUUUAACGCCACCUCCCCCGUGCCGUAUAUACGUAUAUAAUAUUUUGCGGCGCGUAUUCCUCGUCGUCGCCGCCGCCGCCGCCGUCGCCGUCCUCGUCUCCGCCGGCAGUCGGCGGAAGUGGUGCGCUCGUCGUCGCGCGCGCGGAACAGUGUGUUUCCCCGCGUUUUGUGUUUCCGGUUUUGUGUCCGCAAUGGCUCCCAAGCGGCCCAUUCCAGUGGCCCUCCAAUUAAUCCCUUCGCCCCCUCGCCCCGUCCCGUCCCGUCGCGGCAUAACGACUCGGAACGCUUAUAUACAAUCAUCAAAUUCCGCUCACAUACAAAUAACAUAAACGGACUCGUUGCCGCCGCCGCACCGCGCUAACUGUAAUGGGCCACUGUGCGAGGGAAAUCAAAUAUAAAAAAAAAAAAAAAAAAAAAAAACGAAACGAAACGAAACAAAAAUUGCGCACUUAUAUCGUUCGUACCAUUGUUAUUACAGCGAUUCCGAGCUGUGUACGACUGUGUGCAGCGGUCGCGUACACAGCACUGCAGCAGUGGUUUUUAUGACAACCCUAUACAUAUAAUAAUAAUAAUAUUAUUAUUAUACUUACAUAUACUGCUUUUGGAGUGUAUAACGAUUGCGUUAUUGUUGUGCUUGUCGUUUUAACGGGUUUUCGGACUUUCGGGACGAUCGAAUUCGAAAAGUCCAUUUUUUUUUUCGCCUUUUCUUCUAUACCGGGGAUUAUACCUGCCUGCGUGUACGUCGCGCGAUCGAAUUUUCGAUUCGCUUUCGUUUUCGGCCGUGUAAUCGCGCAGAGGUGUAGAGGUCGUGCACGCGAGCGUAGUGCUGCGGCUACGGAAAAGGCCAACGGAAACAUUGCGCGGAGAGUCCGCAGAUCGUGAAAACGGGUUUCGUCUUUCAGGAGGACGCCACGCCGCCGACAUCUGCAAACGCGAGGCGUUAGCGAAUUCGCGUUCAGUGGGACACAUUUUGUGCCGUUAGUUUUAAUAUUAAAGCAAAUCGACCUGUUAUUUACAUUAUUUUUAAACGGGACACGAGUGUGUUAAACGUCGAAAUUUAAAAACGAUUAUAUUUCCCUUACUAAUUAAAAUAUCGCCAAAACACCAAUUCGUAAGCCAUAUAAUAAUCUUCUUAGCUUAAAUUUUGAUAACGAGUCGAUUUGCUUUUUAGUAUUAAAACCAGCGGCGCAAAACGUGUCCUACUGAACGCAAAUUUGCUGCUGUGUCUCGCGUUCGUUAAACGGAGACAGUAGAUGUCGGUGUGGCGUCCUCUUAUUGUCCGUGCAAUAAUAUAUAUUGUGUGGUGUUCCCCUUCAGCACGUUCGGGGAUAAUAUUCGAACGUGGUGAAUUUGACCACAACGACCACAACGAGUAAUAAACUGAAAAGAAUAACAUAUUGUUACAAAUAAUUAGAGCAAUAAAGCGCCGGUUCGUAAUUUCACUAGAGAGGAAUACGAAAUGUCUUUAAUGUUAUUUUACUUUACAACAAUAGCGGUUUUUAAACUAUUGGUGCACACGGACCCCUGAUUAAAGACCUUUACAUAUCAUGGUCCCUCUACCAAUUUUCUUUCGAAUACCUAUUUUUACAAAAUAUCUCGUGUCAUCGUAAUACAUAUUUACCGUUAGAGCCUCCGCGUGCCCCCGACAUGAAUAUCGCGGACGUUACAGGGGGCCUCGGACCACAGUUUGAGAACCGCUAUAAUCUAAACUUAAAGAAUAUUACAAGAGGCCGGAGCUCUGUUGAUAGGCGAAAAAAAACCGUACACCGUUGUGUUGUGUUGAUGUAAAUAAAUAUUGUCCGGGAGAAAACCGUCGCUAAUUGAACCAUGCAAAUCUAUACGUAUAAAAUCCGAAUACCACUGACUGACUGAUCGCUGUAUCUCAAAAACUACGUAACGUACGGACUUGAAAUUUGGAAUAUGGGUUCUUCUCGUAUUUUCACCGUGCAACAAGGAGGGAUUUUCAAAAAUGUUGCGUUUCAGUGGAGUAAUUAACAAUUAUAAUUAUUCACCGCCAAUACGUAUUGUGCGGCACGGCGGCCCGCGGGUCUUCAGCUACCUGCAACCUAUCCUUUUUGUUCGUCGUCGUCGUCGUCGUCGUGUAGAUAAGAAUAAUGAUUCCGAGAAUACAAUUGUUCCGAGAAGUUUAUCGAUAAAAAAUAAAUGUAUAGAUAUUCGGUUAUUAUGUAUAUUAUCGAUAAUUAUGAAUUUAAGACGGUAAACGGUAAUACAUGGCGUUAUCUAACUCGUCACGAAUUUGUUUCCGGGCAACGCCAGGUAAUUCAGCCAGUAUUUUAUAAAUAAACAACACGUUACAGUAUGCGCGUCUCGAACUCAAGGCGUUGAUAUUUAACAAACACCUAAGAGGUUCGUAGUUGUGGUCAAAAUGACUAUAUAACUAUUAAGACGUUUUGAAUUAAUAAACCUUAGAAAUUUGUUUUGAACGCGUUCAGUUUUCAGCAUAGCUUGAUAUGAAUUCCAUAAAAUGAAACCAUAUUCCAUUGUCCGAGCGAACCUGCGAAAAAUAUAUUGUAUGCAAAGACAAAAUGUUAUUAAAAAUCGUGAGUGUUUCUAAUUAAAAAACCGAGCGUCCGUGAAGCUUUUAUUUAACAUAAUAUUACAUUGAAUAUAUGUUGAAAAAUAAAGACGACUAAAAUAACACAAAGAUCUAUAACAGAGUCAACUCUAAUUAAACAAUGGUUGUUACGCGAAAAAAUGACCUUUCCGAAAAUUGCUAUCCAAAAACUACCCUUGAUUGGAUUGGAGCAAGAUUUCUGGCCGAAGAAUUGAGAAGACGGAUAAAAAAAUGUAAAACCAGAAUUUACAUUAUGCGAUGUGUGAAAUCAAACAUUUCUACAAAAAUGUUCCGCGGCGUCGAACGACGUUCUUCGUUUCUUGUAUAAAUUUAAGAGGUAAUCUAUUUACACUUCACCUUUUGAACAUGGGUAUUGUAGAUAAAAAAAUAUCGAUAAAAAUUGUCGAUAGUCAACAUUUCUGAUUAAACGCGAUCAACGCUAUAGGUACACAUUAUUACGUAUUAUUAUCAUUGAGUUGAUAUAGGAUCCGUUUCUUUCAGGAAGAAAUAAUAGUAUUUUUUUUUUUUUUUUUUUUGUCGAUCAAUCUAAACGCACGCAACAGAUUAAAUCGUUUAUGACAGCGGUUCGACAAAUCGAAUAAGGGUUGUGUUUAUAAUAAAUUAGAAUAUACGGACUGCACCAUAAUAUAUUUCAACGAUUUGACGUCUUCGCGGGGAGUAGCUCGCCACCUCUCGCCCCGUAUCAUCGUAUACAGGUGUCCAUAAAUUUAACACGCGUUCCAUUGUAAAUAAUAAUAUUAUGUUUCUGUACCCAUAUACGCAUAAUAUGCCGCCACCGGUUUGUUUCUGUCACUUUUUUUUUUUUUUUUUUAUCUCUGUUUAACGGACCUUAUAAUAAUAUUGUGAUGUUCGACGUUACGUUUUGGCGAACGUUUGAACUUUCGCGCCUGUUUUUAAUGUUCGUUUUGACUGUGCCGACCCAAAAUACGUCAUCAUCGCGCCAUUUUACGACGGUUGCACUAUCGAACUGAAAUUAUUACACUGUUGACGAUACCAAAAAAUAUACGUCAAUAGCAUAAAAUAGUUACCCGUAAUAGCGUAUGAACGAAAUACAAUUUUAUAAUUUGUGUAAGGCGUUUUUUAUUACCGCUUCAACCCCUCUCUCCCCUCGCCGGCCUCUUUAAGGUACGCUGGCCACGACUAUAAUAUAACAGCCGCGUGUGAGAAUAUAGGUAAUAAAAUAGUCGUUCGAAUUAUUAUAAAAUAAUAAAUUACCGUAAGUAUAUACGGUUUCACAUCGACUGCCUCUAAACUAUGUGUUAGGUUCAUGCGUAUUUCGGUUGAAAUAAUAUUAUCACAACAGUAGCGUAUAUACCUAUAUACAUUAUUUUUUACUGUCGAGUUCAAUAUACUAAUAUCUUUUUACUAUUAUAUCACAUACGUACUUUCGAAUAUUUAUUUAUUUUAAUUUUAACGGAUAUUGAUUAUUAAACCGAGCUUCCGAGUGAUGUGCAAUUGAUGGUAUAGUUUUACUAAAAUUAUUAUUUUUCUCUUUCGCCCUCGGAAUACGCUUUUUCGGUUGGUAAAAUUUUCUAGAAAAUUAAAAACAAAAAAUUAUAUUUCCGUUGAUUUCUUGGUUACUUCGGCUGCCAUCACGGUUUACCGAGCUCCGCUCAUAUUCGUUUUAUUGUUAUUAUUUUUGUUUUUUUUAUUGAUUUGUCGUGUUUCUUUUUGCACAUUAUUAUAUAAACUCAAUCGUCCCAUAAUAUCCUAUGUACCUCGCGAACUUUCCGCCUACCAACGAGAGCAGAUGCCUACCCGGGCGAGAAGUCAUUUUUCCGCAACCAGUAGACACACAUAUUUACGAAUUUACAGACGAUUAGACAAAAUAAAAAAGGGUCUUUUGGAUGCAAACAUCGCCGAAUCAUUACGCCAGACGGUUAAGAGGGUUUUUUUUAAAAAAAAAAAAAAAUUUUUUUAUGGUUUUACAGUAUGCAUUAUACGCGCCAUAAAUUGUCCGUGAAGAGUCGCGGUGUAAGUACUCAUUGCACACUCGCCGUUCGACUUGAAUUAUCGUCAGCUCCUCUAUAAUUAUUAUUUAUUUGGCGUUAAAAAUCGUAUCGCGCGAUUGAAGUCUACACAAUCAAAAACAAUUUUUAUACCGUUUCAAUUAUUUUAUUACGAGGAUAAUAUUGUAUAGCGAGUAGUACAUAAAACGCGAACAUUAAACGGAAUCUCGGUUUCGCAUAAAUGCGUGCAAAUGUUGUUCUAUAUACUCGUAAUUAUACAACCGUAUAAUAUAAUUCGAAUUGUCAAAUGGAAUAAUUACUUUAUGGGAAGCGUAUAACGUGAUUUUUUUUUUUUUAGUUUUGAUUUUUAUUAACUUCUGGUCGACGUCGCUCUGCACGCAUUCCAUUUACGAUACGUUUUUCCAAAGAAAACGGUUAAAAAUUGAAACUGUUCACGACACUAUAAAUACACGUUUUAUUUCCAUAAAAAAAAUCGUUCCGGUUUUUUUUUUUAAAUAUUACUAAUUAUUAUUAUUUAAAAUUUCGCUACAUAACGAAAAACCUGUAAUGCGUUGUGACGGCGGCGUUGGACCUUAAUGGCCUUACUGUAUACAUAUUAAUGAUGACAAUGACAUUAAAGUUAGCCCAGUCAGUUAUUUCUCCGCCAGUGAGAAUAUUUUCUACGUGUAAAACAUAUUAGUUUGCGACAAAAUUUACCAAUUCAAUAUUUUACCAUUUAUUUUCUAUAGUCGAUACACACAACAAGCCAAAUCUCUUGUUCCACUGCAGUGGUGUCCAAUAAAGAUGUACUGUGUGUCUAUUAGGACACAGAAUACUACUGGCUACCGUAUAAAUAUCACAAUAUAUAUUAUUAUUAUUAUUGCGGGUUUCGGCUUCCAAGACCAGCCCUCCGAGUAAAUUAAUUUCCCCAUACAUCCUCCGUCACUUCUCUCCGUACAACAGUAUCUAUUCGGUUCCAAAGCUUCGGAGCGUGUCCAAAACCCGCGUCUGCAGUCGUUUUCUAUUGCUAAUUUCGAUUAUUAAAAUAUACCAUCCGGUCGUCGAAACAUCCCGUAUAACAGUCACUCGGCUCUUCGCGCACCGCGAAGUUCUCUCCGUUGAUACGAUGCCGUUUACACGUGAAUGUCGCUAACGAGCGAGUAACAACGGGCUACUGAAAUAUGUCUAAAAAAUGUAAUAUUAUAAUAUACCUAGUACCUUUAUGAUAAUAUAAUUGUUGUGGGCACACGGUGGUUUUCGUUGCGGGGCCGACGCAAACGCACGCACUUAAUAUUAUUACGCGUUCUAUUAUAAUAUUAUAUUAUCAUACACAGUGCUUGCGUGUUUUAUGUAUUUUUUUUUUUUUUUUUAUUGUGAAAACCGACUGGCUAACCUAACCCGACUUGUGUGUAUACGCAUAUACGUAUUCGUAAACACACAAAGUUUUACGACUCGGUUGCCGGCCGCGCACAGCGCAUAAUAUAGGUAGGUGCACUGCAACGACAACAUUAUUAUAACGACGAAGAAAUCCUACGCCGGGGGCGGCUCCGUAACGCAGCGGACUUGCUAUACACACCGCAGGCACAUCAAAUAUUUUGUGUUUCGAGUAUAUAAUAUUUAUGUAUACGCACGCACGCAUCGGCGGCGUAAAUACGAGGGCAUGGCGGGCACACACCGCUGGCCCGUGACAUUUGGAGGCCCCGAACCAGGGCUCGGGGCAUUUUUGGACGUGUUUUUUUUUUUUUUUUUUUUUUGGUUUCUUUCAUGUUUCUAUUUUGAAAAACGCACGAAAACGAUACAAUCAUUUGUACUCUGUGCAUCGCGGUCGGUCGACGAUAAAAAAAAAAAAACAACAUAAAACCCGUGUGGCGAGAAUAACGUAAAUCGCGUGGAAAUCGUGAGCGGGUAAGGAAACCCGAGUGUUUUCAAAACGUUACAAUUUAUUACAUUUUUUUCCGAACGUUUUUGUCAAAACGCCGUACUUCACGGCCCGAGUACGGUCCGGCCGUUAUCCGUUUUUAAUCCGAGCGCAAAACGAGUGACAUUCGACCUUACCCUUUGAGUUUAAACCAUCAUUAUAAUACGGUAUAGGUACCUAUGUGUACGCAUGCAGCAAUUGCGCCUACGAACCUUUCCGCCCGGAUUCUGCGUAUACUGCAGGUACAGGUCGUUUCGGCCCUUUUUUUUUCUUUCUUUUAUUUUAUCGGUUUUGUAUUUACGGCGCUGAUAAUAAAUCUCUGCGCGACGAUCGCUCGAUAGCAUUACUGCGGCAUUUCUAAAAUUUAUUACCGCCCGUGUUUACCGAUGUCCGUUUUUUUUUUUUUUUUUUUAAUACUAUAUACCUAAAAUCGUCGUAAACAAAUCUUCGGCACUACUAAACAUCUACGCGCGUAUACAAGUGUAUAUUGUAUUAUAUACUUAUACUCAUUACUCGUAUAAUGUUUUAUCGUUUCUCGUAAAGGUUUAUUCGUUAGUUUCUAUUAUACGUAUAGAAAACUCGAGAAAUAUCGUCGAACCCCACCGUCCGUUCACGGUGACGCGCGCCGUCACAUAAUAUUUAUAAAACGUCGUGAUACACCCGUGAAAUCGUCGCACGUGGGAAUUUCUAACGCGAAUGUAUCGAAUUCACGUAUGCAUACGAGCCGUUUCAAGCCCAAUUAUAGCACUGGGCACGUAUGCGUUAAUAGCCCAAUGUAAUCAUUGUAACCGUCUGAAUAAUACGCGCCUGUAUCAUAACCAACGCUCUUUAGCUGCGAAAUCGGCUUACGACUCAUAAGCGGUUUAAAUUUUAAAAUUCGAAAUUAUUAUGUCGCCUACUUCAUCCCAUUUUAAAUUGAUAUGCUCAAUUUCGGGACGCUACCGUGUAUUGCUAGAAAUGAAAUAGCCCUUGCUGUUGCCUAGCCCCAGGAACGCGCCUUACCUCGCCUAUGCAUCAAUCCGAGCCUGUAUGCACGAGAUCCAAUCAAAAAGUAUCGAGACCGAUAAUUUAUUACUCGGAAACCGAGCGUCGCGAAGAGCAGCAGGGUCGGUGUCGCUUGCUUCUAUGACUUUACGAGCACAUUUGUCGGUUUUAUAGAUUGUCUAUAUAAACUUCUUCGGUUUGAUUUCACUGAUGUUUUUUUUUUUUUUAAAUAUGUUUGUCGAGUUUGGCCGUUUUGUAAUGAAUCCAAAAGAAGAAUGGCUUAACAGUUUUAGAGAUUUUAGAGACUUUUUUGCAUUUUUUUUUUUUUGUUUUUGUUUUUGUUUCCGAAAAACACGACAUUGCAUGGUUUAUGCCGAAAAUAUAUAAUUGAAAAAUUUGCAGAUGCGUCGCCGAGUGGCAGCAAUUUUCUCCUAUUUUGGAUUCAACGCAAAAUCGCCAAACGUGAAAAACAUAUUUUAGAAAAAUAUCGUUGAAUCAAAACGAAGAUUCUACAAGAAUAGAUGUGCUCGGAAGAAGUCUAGCUAUAGGUUACCGAUCGUUUUGCUCUUCAACGCUCGGUUUCCGUGUAAUUUUAUUAGUCUCGAAAUAUUUUGAUUAUCCCUCGUAAAUGACUUGCACGCGACAAGGGAAAUAGUUAAAAAAAAAAAUUAAACGAUCUGCCGGGUAGCCUUUUGAGUGAUGAUAGAAUAUAGUUAUCAUUUUAAUAACUUGUAUGUAUGAAAAAUGAAUAUUGAAGUUUUCAUAACAUUUCAUCAUUACCUAUAUUUUAUUAAAAAAAACCGUAACAACAUAAUUACGCAUUUACAACCUGGCAAUUAUUAACAUUACUCGAAAUCAACACUGCAGCAGAAAAACUAUACUAUAUGUAUAUUACAUAAUAUUGUUUCCCAUAAAGUCUUCUACCAUAAAACUUAAACUAAACAAAAUUAUAUUAUUAUUACGGACUAUAACUGCAGCAUUGUAAAUAAUUAUUUGAAAUGUAUAAAUCAAAAAACACAAAUGUUGAUUACUUGAUUGGAAAUCCUUACGAAUGUUAUUUAAAGUUAUCAAAGUUUAUAAUAAGUUAUCAUUUAACAGCGAUCGCCUGUAGAUUGUUAUAUACUUAUUAUUAAUACCUGUUAUAAAUUAUAGUUUCCUAAUAAAACUUACAUUUUUGUGAAACAAAGUUUCUAUACGUGUUAAAAAAAAUUUCUUUUUGUCGUAUUUGGACUUUUUUUUAUAAAAAACUUUUCUACCAGAAACUUUGCUCUAAUCGAAAACUUUAUAAAGGAACUUUUUCGUAGCCUUUUGAAUCUAGUUGGCGCAUUGGGAAGGUCAUUGAGGUCAUUUUUGAUCAUCCUCAGUUUCCUUAAUAAUGGAGGGGUGGGUAAAGCCGGGAAAGUUACGUUAUUUUCGAUUAUGUUUUUGUUAUAAUUCAGCUAAAAAUAAUCAUAGAAACCUAACAUUUUCACCGAAUAUAUUUACUAUAUUAACCGUGGUAAAAUGUUUAAAGUUUUUCGUAUUUUCGAAUUUUAAAUAUAGUUUUUUUUUUUAUUUGAAACUAUAAGUUUGUUUAAUUUAAUAGAACUAAUAAUUUCUUUAAAAUUAGGAAACUAUAUGACUUACAAACUCUUUGAAGGGUGUAAAAUAAUAUGGUAAUGUUCAACAAGAACCGCGAAAUCGCUAUCAUAUAUAAGAUACAUACAUACAUACAUACAUACAUACAUAAGAUUAAUACGUUUAAACUAUAUUAUAGUCUACCACUUGAAUUUUCUUCUUCUUUUUUUUUCUCCCUAAAAUAGUGUCAUCUUGUAUGUCAUCAAAUAUUUAAAUUUCCAAACUAAUUAUUGGUAAAAUGAUGUAGGCAUAUGUAUAGCGCGAGUUUAUUAAACAGCUGCAGUGUAUCGUGUGUGUGUGUUUGAGCAUUGUUAACCAUUUGAAACAAACAUUUUCUGACGUUUCGUAUUAUAAACAAUUUGUUUUUUUAAUGAUGACAAUAAGAUACUAUAUCGGUUAAAUAAAGUCGGAUGUACUUUGCUCCAGUUUUCAAGGAAUAGGAAUAGGCCACUGUAAUGUGGGCGGGAGGUUUAAAAGAUAUAAUGGAAUAUAAGGUAUAAAAUACGCGUAUUUUAUAAUAUAGUGAAGUCAAUUAAUAAUGGGAAAUUUUUUUCCAACGAAAAAUUCUAUGUAACGUUAACCCAUGCAUUAGUUCUUUAACAUUCUCUAUUGCGAAAACUGUCCGUAACAAAAGAAAUGUCUUGGUUCCUUAAGAUUCGAUAAAGGGUUUUCACCUUAUAUCAGUAUACACGAAAACAAUGAUAAAUCGUUGCUACGGAAAAACGAUUUUAAACUAUGUUCUUUGUGUACUGCUAUAGUAUAGUAGUAUUAGUCGUGUUUUGUUUUUCCCAGUUACGAACUGGUGAACUUGAAGGUAGUGCAGACAUUUAAUAACCAAUAUAUAGUUAUUUUAGAUCCCGAGCGCUACGACGAAUGUUUUGGUUUUAUUGUGAUGUAUUCCAUUUUUUUUUUCUGAUUGUAUCUUUAAACAGCUUUUCUACCGGAAUAAUUGUUUUCCGAAAUUCAAGAAAUAUAUUUUCUUAUAAAAUUUUGUUAAGUUGAUGCGUAAACUGGUGAUUUUUCGAUUUUUCUCGGAAUUUCCUUUAUAAUAGGGAAAAACGUCCGUUAUUUGAAAAAAAAAAAAAUAAAAAUAUUUUCCCGCCCGUGAAAACCGAAUCAACAAAUAACAACUGUGUUUUUUUUUUCAUCCCGUGUCACGGCGGUAACUCAUAAAUCAACGGAAACGAAAAAAUAUAUCAAAAACUCCGUGUCCUUUAGGGGUUGAAUUUCGACAACUCCUUUCUUGGCGGUUGUCUCUGCGCAAUAUAUUGUACAUAAUACAACGAAUAUAUAUGUAUUUUUUUUUAUUUUCCUAACAAAAUACGCGGAGAGAGCGUUCCGGGACGGAUUCGAUUUCAUAAUCGGCAGCUAUUAUUGUGUACGCACUUUAUUACGUAUGUUAUUAUAAGUCGUCGGAGCGGUCACCCGACACGUAGACCGGCCCAAGUUCAAAAAGAACUCUUAUCAACCGCGUAUACAUAACCAAUAUAAUAGGUACAGAUGUAUGUAUACCUAUGCACAACCUCGUACGACGUUUUCGUAUGUAUAAUAAUUUAUAGGAUUCUAUAAUAAUAAUAAUAAUAAUACAUUUAAACCGCGUACAUAUUAUUAUUAUUAUUAUUAUAUGGGUACAGGUAGGAUAUACACAUAGGUGCAGGGUAACGUUUAAUACUAUUAUUAUUUUAUUGGCGUUUUUAUACCGGUUUCGGCGCAGAGUCUGUGGCCCGCGUUGUCGUGGCCCGACGCGUCGUCUUUUAUAAAAACGGAUUUUAUUGCUGGUCCGGGUCGGCGGCGGCGGCGGAAGAAACGCGAGCUAUUAAAAACCGUACGUCAUAAUAAUAUUAUAUGUACAGAAAGAAAGAAAGGAAAAAAAAACCCUUCCGCGCACACGAGGCGGCGAAAAAAAAAACCUACAACAUUAUCUUUAAUUUUAUUGCGUAAAAACAUUCGCCCCCCCCACUCGACUGCUCCCGCGCGCACCGCCGCUCGGUCGUAACCAUAACUUUGAUAGCCGCACACACACACACACACACACACACACACACACACACACACGCGCGCGCGCGUAUAUUAUUCUGACGGUUUUGGUUCAAUAUUUUUUUUUUUAAUACGUCCUUCCAAUGGAGACAUCAUCGCGCCACAGAAAAAGGUUACCCAUACAAUAUAAUAUGGGUACUUAUAAGUCGGCGUAUGUACACGCGCGCACGCACAGCGGAAUGUUACUUUUAUUCUUCACAUCAAAACGACCAAGACGACGGCUCACACUCACAUUAAUAAUAAUAAUAAUAAUAUUAUAUACCCGGGGCGGCCCCGGUUCAUUUGCACUGCGUCUCUUAUUAUACGGUCGCGCAAACGCGCGCGCGCUCGCGCGUUUAUUUGGACGUAAUAAUAAUAAUAUCAUAGCGGUAGAAAAACCAUAAAACGAAAAAAAAAUAACAACAACCUGAUGCGCAUCCGCGGGAUAGGUGAUAAACGCGCCAUCGCGAGCCAUAAUGUCGGGAGAGCGAUUGUUAUUUAUCGUCGUUAUACAUUUAUACGCAGCAGCACCGUAAUAAUAAUGGUAAUGGUAUUUAUUACGAUAUUGUAUCGAGACCUCGAGUCGUUAAAACUUCUUUUAAUCGAUACACAUUUGAAUUAUGUACGGAUAUUAUGUAAAAAAUAUGGUUUUUUUUUUUUUCGUAUUUCGCACACUAGUAUAAACGUGUGUAUACAAACGCCGUGCGUUUAUCUUAUAACAUCAGUUAUUUUAUUAUUUGCACCGGCUAUACAUAAAUAUUACGUAAUGUCGAUGGCGGCACGGCAAAAAGGGUCUAAGCGACGCGGCUUCGCUAUUGGGGAUGGAGAAAAACACGUGUUUCGUCCGUUAUUGUAGUACGCGCAACAAUAACACCUGUGACGAACAGUAUUCGAAUUUCGAGUUUGGGGUUUAAACAAUACUUUUUACUCUGUCUUCUCGAUUAUAGGGCCUAAACGACUAUGAAAGCUAAUCAAAUGAAUAAAUUCCAUAUUCCAACCGAAAAGAAAGUUAUUGCUAAUCUAAAAAAAAAAAAAAUAUAUUAAAAUCACAAAUAAAUGUUUUUGACUCUUCUGAAAACUAUGAAAUGUGUCGCUUAGACCCUUUUGCCGUGUCACUAUCGACAUACUUGCCGUUCGUCGCGUUACACCCUGUGUCGAUCGGCGACUCCUGCAGACAGACAAUCGAAAGUGUAUUAUUGAAAAUGUACGCUUGUGAAUGUACGCGCGAUUAUUAUUAUAUAAUAAUAUUAUGUGAUAACAGUCCUUAUCGAAUAUUAUUGGAUCCAAAACGAAUAAAAAAAUGUACACGCAAAUGCGAUGUAAAGCGACUUUAAAAUUCUUAUGUUUUUUUUAGUAGGUAUAAAUUAUACUUAGAUAUGGUAUGUAUAUUAUUGUCAAAAACCUCAUUUGGAUCGAAACUUGAGAAAAUAAAUCAACGCCACUUAUUCAGAAACGUUUAGUAUAAUUAUAAAUUGCAGACACAGUGUCGAUGCCAACAAUGCUAUAAAGUUUGAUUGAUUUACUAUUUUACAGCACUUCAACAAUAUAUAGGAUCUGAAAAAUAUUUUAACACGAAUUUUUUUGAUACCUAAUAAAAAUUCGGCAGUUUUGUACGGGGUAUCUGCUGUCUAUAGUUGUUCAUAUAGUAUCUAUAUAGUGCGGAAUCAGUUUAAAAUAUUUUAUCAUCCUCUGGUUUUAAAUAUUAUAAUUGUAAUGUUCUAUUAUGCUAUGGUCUGAAGUUGUUCAAAUGAUUAAUUUUUUACUGACGCUUUUGUAGUGAGAUUGUGGAUUUGAGUGAUAUAUACAUUUAUAUUUUAUUAUAUCAACUUAUUCGGGUUUGGCAAUGUAUCGAAUUAUCGAUCCGUAUAUACCAGGUGAUCCAUUUAUAAGUGAGUACACUCAUUAUCUCGGAAAGUAUUACAUUUUUCCGGAAUUCGUUUUCUCUCUCGAACAUUUAAGAAACAAGUUGCUCUACAAUUUUAUAUCAAUGUCAUUUUUUCGUCACUCUUAUCUAUCUGGGACAAAACCACUACCUACUUUUGAUUUUAAAUGGUGACCUAUGAUUAAAAAGUACAUAAAUAAAUGGAGUAUAAGUUAAAAUAAAUUUGAGUGUCGAUCCGUUGACGUGAUAUUCCACUUUUAAGUUAAGUUUGGAGGAGAGUAGUGGAGUAUCAUUUGUGUGACGGUACGGCGUGUCAAAAUGCAUCAGUGAGAUUGGCCCUUUUUGACCCAAGCCCCAGAUUAAUAUAUUAGGUAACAACGACAAUAAUAAAAUAACUAAUAUGUUACUAUUUAUGUGAGAGUGCGGAAAUGUUUGGAAUCCAUACUCGCCCGUAGGAAAACGUUUCAAAUCCAAUGCGUAUAAAUAUAACGUAACCGCCGGGCGGAAAAUUCGUAUCACAUAUUAGGUAUCUGGUAUGCGAAAAUUCUCUACAACGAAUCUCGUGGUCUCUUAGGAUUCGUUGUAAAGAGUUUUCACUGCGUUAUAGUGUACCGCGUCUUAUUAAUCACAGUACAAAACAAUAGAGGACAAAUGUAUAGAGAACCGGUUAGGUUAGGUUAGGUUCUCACUAGACUGUACACAAUUUGCUCAGUUUUAAUUUUGUAAUUUUUAUAAAAUAAACGUAAUACGCAUUAUUUUGAACUGAUUGCGUUUUGUUGUACUGCAGUAAGUAGUUGUAGGUUUUUUUAUUGAUGUGACAUAAAUCCGGAUCAUUCAAAAAAUCUAAAAAUUGCGUUCAAAUUUCGGAUUAUGAAAUGCGAAUUUCGAAUUUACAGAUUUUAAAAUCUGAAUUUUGGGUUUGACAUCGUAGAUUUUUGUGUUCUAAAUUAUAAAAUCAAUUUUUUUUUUUUUUUUACAUAAAAUCUAAAGUAAAACCCAAGUGUAGUUAUGAAAACUUUAUUGUAAGUUUGAUCCGUAAGAGAAAACUAAUUCAAUGUUUCAAUAUUCGAAUUUCGAUACAACCGGAUUUCCCCAUCGCCAAUGUGUUUGCGGCCCGCGCGAAAAGAAAACGUAAAAACUAACGCCGAGCAUUAAAAAGUAUACGGGCGUUCCGUUCCGAGGGGAAAAAAAAUUACGGUCGCGUAACGCACACCACCGCCCUAUACAUUGUAUACAGGGUAUUUAAAGUGUUGAAAACGCGUACGGCUUAAAAUAUCACGUGACGCGCGCGCGUACACACCGAUUCUCUGCGGGCCGCGACGAUUUGAUUUAUCGUUCUCCGGACGCGACGGCCGCGUCCGCGCCCCGCAUACCCGUCCGGGUCCCGGUUUUGAUUGCCGGCGACGGUCGUCCGACGACUACGACCACGGCGGCGGCGGCGGCGGCGGCGAAAACGACGACGACGACGACUACGGCGGGCCCGGCCGCUUCGCGCGCUUUCGAAACGAGAAACGCGUCCCCGGAGAGUCGUUACGUGAGCGCGACCGCCGUCGCCGUUGACGGUCGUCAACCGCGCGGGCCGCCGCCGACGACGACGGUCCUUAAAAGUGUAUACCGUUGGUAGUUUAUCGGUGCUCGAAUCGCGAAAAAUUAACCGCCGAGGAGCUCAAUUUUUACGGUUUAAAAACCCGCGUUCCGCGCGCAAAAUUGCUCGCGAAAACGGACCCGCGGGGACGGCUAACUGCCGGGGUGAUUCGAAAAAAAUUCAAAAACGAUGAUACGACACGCCGUGCCAGUGUCGAUUUCGAACCGAUAGCAAUUGUGCGUGCGUUCGGGGAGCACGCGUGAAACGAAAUAAACAAACUAAAAAAAAAAAAAAAAACUAUAAGAGGGUAGUAAACAAGGAAUAAUAAAUAAUUUCAAAAUAUUAAAAAUCGUAAAACGCGUUAUAUUUGCGCAAUUAAGUUUAUUGACAGUAUGCAUUGCAUGUUUUGACGGCGAUUUUAAUACCUACGUUUCGUGAAAAAUUAUUUCCGCGUUAUUUGUGUGCCGUGUCCAGUGUGAAAAAAAUAAACGGCAGCGAGAGAAAAAAAAAUGAAAACGGUGGUUUAUAGGAACCCCCCGCCGGGCGGUCAAAAAUGUAGUACGCCUACCCUUAGUGCGCCCGUUGUAUUUUCCGAAAGACGUGUGUCACGCACGUCACAAAGCGAACCGACGGUAAUAAAAACAUAUCACGACGACGGGUGUCAUAAAAAAAAAAAACACAUACCUACCUAAUAAUAUGAUAAUACACGCAGAGAUGUCAUAAUAAUGUUGAGAAUUCACGACGACGGACGUCACAAUAUUAUCGUAUUCAUUGAACGGUAACAAUGCGAUAUUAGGGCGGCUCGUAUGUUUGUGAAAUCGUGUGUUUUUUUUUUUGUCGUUAAUAAUUUCAUUCGAUUCGAGUUUUAAUGCAUAUUUUACGCAUGUAUUUUUAGUUAUUUUUUGUGCGCAAAUGUGUUCAUAGCUAUUGAGCUCUAUUUUAAUAAAUGAACAAACCGAUCCGAUCCCUAUUGAAAAUUCAUAAUAACUAUGUUAGGUGCUAUGAUCCGUGGACGGCCAAAUACGAUCAAUUACGCGUUUAGCGACAUAGGCCAGUAUAAAUCAGUGUUCGGAAAAUACCUUUUAAAAAGAAAUCUGUUCACGUCCUCCUCAAUAAAAUACGACCGAUUCCAGACUCGUUACAGGUUGAUGAAAGAAACAAUGUAGGUAUAGUUCUUUCCUCGUUACUAACAAAUGACUAUUUUUAUUCGUUUCUAAACAUAAAAUAAUUUAAUGUGAACAUAUUAUUUAUCGUUGGGUUAUUGAACUUUAAUAUAUUAUCGAUUCCAUAAACUGCACCUAACCCCGCCAGAUGUCCUUCUCAGGGGGCAUUGGGAUAAACUUAUAUAAUAUUAUAAAUAAAUGUAUAUAAGUUAUAUAUGUUGUAAAUAAGUGUUUUUUUUUUUUUUUUUUUUUAAAGACGUUGAAAAAUGUUUAGGGUUUACUUUUAAAGUGGACGGACAUACAUUGCUCUACGGGGGUGGGCCACUGUUGUAGGUGAGAAGUUGGGAAGAAACGGAAAUUUAAUUUAUAUCUGUGUGCAACGAUUAGUCAUUGUUAACGAAAAAAUUAUUAUGAGUGUAGCUCGGUAAAUAGUAUUGCUUUUUCAACAAUGUGAUGUGUGUGCGUUUCAACGGUAACAGCGAUUGUUUGAAAAAGAUUAAAAUAAUACAAACUCAAUAAUAACAAAAAAUAAACAAAAACGAUUGCUAAUGAUAUUAUUUUUAAUUUGUUUUAACUUAUAUAACCCGUUUUUCCUUAUUAGCUCAAAUAUUAAUGAAAAUGUUAAAAAAUUACCAACUAGAACAUAGUGCAAUUGAAAACGUCUCUUGAUGUUUUGAUUGGAACAAAAUUUCUAGGAGACAUUUUGUACACAGUAUAAGAAAAAAAAUAAACAUCAUUGUAAAUCCAAUACAUUAAGAUUUAUUUGUUUCCUUAUAUACUACAAUUAUAUAUUUCAAAAUGUAAUAAAUUACAGAACUCAAAGUUAAUCAAUUCUAACAUUACAAGAGAAAAGGUUAAUGACAAAUGUUUAAUUUAUAAUUCACAAUAAAUUUAGAUGUACAAUAUAUAAUUUAUAAGUGGACACAAAAAUGAUAGAAUAUUUAAAUAUAAAUGUCAAGAAGGCCUAAUCAACGGCGGGUGGGCAAAUCUGAAUAAUGAGUAAGAAAUGACAAAUAAUAAUUGAGGCUGGCAUUAGAAAAGAGAAAUGGAAAGAAUUGGGUGAUGCAACGUCGGAUCUAAUAAAAGACCUAUAUAAAGUUGGAAGACGAAGAAAAUAUGUUAAUAAUAAACGGCGUUCAUAUUACAUUUCGUUUUGUGUAACUACUUGCAGACUACCAAUAUUAUUUAUAUUUAUGUUAAAAUGCGUAUUAUUAUUUGAAUGCAAUAUGUCGAGCAUUAUUUUUUUCUUUUGCAUUCGAUAAUAUAUAAUUUGAGAAUAUUUAUAACAUUAUUGGACAUUGAUGUGUUUUCCAGACAUUUUAUACUUUCCAUGUGUAUAUUAUAAUUAUUAAAUAUCGGAUUUUGCAUAUACUGAUAAUUUUUACGUCAUAUUAUACAUGCCAUACAGUCAGUGAGAGUCCAUAAAUCAUAUUACUUGAUUGGUCAAUUAACACAAUUUUACGUUGUGUAUGUUUGCAUGUUCUGUAUGUUUUUGCAUAUUUCGCAUAUUUACUCCCGGUAGAGGCGUGUAAAAAAAAAAAAUAUAUAUAUAUAUAAAAACAUCAUAAAAAAGGUGAGAAUAGAACACACGUUAGUAACUUAGUGAUUUCCAAUUAACAUACGAUACAUUUGUCGUACUUUUUUCUUAUUAACAAAUGUACUAGAUUCAAAAGCGUAACUGGAAAUAUUUUUCUCGAUAGACGAGAUAAAUAAUAUUAAUGUUUGAAAAGGGAACGACUACUCAUGUACAAGUUGUUUGAUAUUAAAAUCGUGUUAAUUUUCGGAGAAAAGUGGGUGGGUAGGCCCGAGCCUACCAGGCCUGCCCGCCCGCCCGCUGGCGGCUGCUGCGCCGCUGACUAAACUCAAUCGAAAAUACUAUAUUCACACUUGUAAAUAUUUACUAUGCUAUCCGUAAUAUGUUAUACUCUGUUACACAUAUUUCGUAAUUUCGUCUAGGAAUAUGUUGACUUUUUUGUCAGUGCCCCUUUUGCGUGCGUGUUCAACGAUAUUACGAGUGCAUAUUAAUUACGAUAUAAUACACGCCGGACCUGAUUUUUUUUCGGACGUUUUCACUGAUCGACAGAAUAUUAUAAUGUGUAACUUGAUGUACGCGCACGGUGCUUGUAGUUGAUAAUAUUCGUCGCGCGUAAUUAUUUUAAUUAGAAAUUAAAUAUAAUCGCGUAAUGAAUUAUUGUUGUUUUGGUCUCCGCGUGACGACGUGCUCGCUCGCCGCGCCGGUUCACCUGUUCGCACCACACUCGGCCGCCGCCGCCGCCAUAUUGUUGCCCGGCCAAUGGGCGUCCUCCCGCCGCCGCCCGCGUCCGCGGAGCCUAUAGACGCGCGCGCCGCGGCCCGACGCAUGAACGACGCGUACGAAACCCGCGAAGUCCGUCGUUGACGAUUCGUGUUAUUAUAUUGUAUGCAAUUACCUGUAUUAUUAUCAUUAUUUUUUAUUAUCAUUAUUAUUAUUAUUAUUAUUAUUAUUAUUAUUAUUAUUAUUAUUAUUAUUAUUAUUAUUAUUGUUGUUAUCGUGCGGCGUAUCGGAGACACUCGACCGUUCUCGUAAGUCAAUUGUUUCGAGUACGAUACAACUGACGCGUACACCUUAAAUCUCAAUAGAUAAAAUACAAAUAAAAUAACGAAUUCCCGUCGAUAUCGCAACGCAAAUACAUAUCACGCGGUCGGCCCGCAAAAUUCUGCAGACCUAUAAACUCAUAUAGAUGCCUGUAGUUAGGUAUAUAUUAUGCCUGUAUAUAUAAUACAAUUAUUAUCCGUUGUGUGUGUUACACAAUAACAUCGUGUAGAAUAGAUGCACAAUAAUGUAUACGAGCUUCCAUACGCGGCCGAGUCCAUAUCUUUUUACCUUGAAAUUACAGUGUUCUCGGGCGGCAAUCUGUAUGUAGCGACGAGACGCGUCCCCGCGUCGUCCGGUUUUCAUCGCUACAAUCGCAAUCGUAUUCCGGGCUGUAUCCGUGUACCUACCUACAAAUGCCUCAAAUGCCCGUCACGCGACUUCGUCCAUCGUGACCCGUUCCGCACGGAUGCAGUCGAUUGCGUCCCGAAGUCAGGUAAACGAUAAAUAGAAUAUGUCUAUUGUCGUGUAGUGUGUCCGGCAAAAUUUCGUUUGCGUCCCUUUUGACCUUUUUCACCAUUAUCGAAUUUCGUUCGCGUCCGGUUUUAACAGGUGAUGUGCAUUCGGUUGUGUCCUAAAUGAAAAAUCGAGAACUUCCAUACCAGACAGAACGCGAUUGCAGUGGGUAUACGCACAUUUAGCUCUAAAACGAGUGCGGUUCGAUUAUCACUUUACGCUCCAUGAUAUCAAAUUGAUUUAUUUUUGUGUAGCGUCAUUUUAGAAAAAAUAAUAUAUAUAUAAUAUUAUUAUUUAUUAGCCAUUACUCAUUACAAUUAUCCAUACAAUAAUUAAGCAUUAGAAAAAUGUAAUUAAAAAAAAAAAAAUGUCAGGUAUAGGUAUUACAAUUAUUAUAAUUAACAGUUAUUUUUUUUUAACUGAACAUAUUACAGCAUUUUACAAUUUACAAUUAUAGACAAGAUCUUUAAUUAUUAUUAUGAUUUAUUAUUUAAAUUAAAAGUAUUUAAUAAAUUCUUGUUUUUUUGUAAUAGUUUGGUCUGUGUUUUGUUGGUAUUAGUUUUAGUUCUAAUUGAUGUUUGUCUCUAAAUCAAAAUUGAUUUAUUAAAAUUAAAAAUAUUAUAGGUACCAUUUGCUGCAGUAUUAAUGCUUGUAGUUAGAAUAAAAGUAAUAAUACGACCGAAUGCCGGAUACAAUCGAAAUCGAAAAUUUCGAUCGUUUGGAACGCAAUCGGAUUCUACCGGACACAAUUGAAAUUCUCAAUUUUACGAUAGGGAUGCAAUCGAAUGCAUACCUGUUAAAACCCGAUGCAGUCGUAACUCGAAAAAGAUUAAAUAGGUCAAAACGGGUCGCAAUGGGACGACGUCCGUUCUGCACAGCCUUUUCACCGUUCACAAUUACUUACUGUAACUAUUUUUAUUUAGACGGUUUAAAUCCUUUGGCCAGUGGUCGAUCGAGCCUCGGGUCACCAUAAGUAAAUAUAAUAUUGUCUUUUUUUAGCGUCGAGUUAUUGUUCCGCGUGGAGUUGACGCUAAUCUUCGGUCGUAUUAAGAGAUAAUGCCGAGAAUGCGACCCUGCUGCAAGGUGACUCUUCCUUGGUUUUAGGCUUAUCACUUGCCGAUGUGGCUCAAGGAGGGGAGACUAAAUAUUAUAUAUAUAUAUAUAUAUAUAUAUAUAUAUAUGUAUUUGUUGUUCCGGAAUAUUUAUCGUCCAAAACGAAUAAUUCCCCUGGGAAUAUCGGGACAAUAAAUGCAGUUUAUCGAAAACAGUUAAUAAAUUGCUGAUGCAUUUUUCACUAAUUGUAUUUUUUUUCUCGCCGCUACACGUAUAGUACGAUGACUGUGCGAGGUCAUUCAUAACCGCGGGGGCUUUAUUUUCAAUCGAGCUCGCGAAUUUGUAUAUAUCGUCGGAACGCCGAUUUAAAUCGGGAGGAUUGUUAUUAUUAUUUUUAUAUUUUUUUUUCGGAAGAAAAAUGCGCGUAAUAUAAAAACGGUUUGUUUUUUGACCCCGGGGGAUGGUCGGAGAAUCGUAUUGUAUAUUAAUGUGUUAUUUCGAUUGAGAAAAAAAAAAAGUAACGGGAGAAUUAUAUUGUUCGGGUGUAUAACACAUAUAGUCCGCUAUAUCCUCGUACACACGGUGCGUGCGUGUGCGGUGUCUGCGCGUGCGAGUGUUUUUUGUAUAAAACGAGUGUGUGUGCUCGCGGAUUAUCUCGAGUGGCUUGUCGGCUUAUUUUCGAAAAAAAACCUCGAGCGGCCCAAGAUAACGCGCGCGUUUCGGAAUUACACACAAAAAAACCUUAUCCUAUCGGUGUUGUCGCCGUAUGCACGCACGAGAAACGUUGAACAAGUUAAACACGCGUAUUAUAAUAUACCUGUGUGUGUGUGUGUAUAAAUAACGCAGGUAUAUAUACCUAUAUAGGUACAGGUACGGAAGACAGGAAAAAAAAAAAUAUUAAAAAAAUUAAAACUACACGGCGAGAGAUAACCGCGCUAGCUGAGAAUAUUAUUAUUGUUUUCGUACGGCUUAUUACCGCCGCCACCGUCGUCGCUUUUUUUUUGUUUCUCUCACUCUUGUUCGUCACAAUAUUAUAAUAAUAAUAAUAUACAUAUACGAGUACACGUCAUUUUAUUUGGCGAAUAGAUUAAUAUUGUAAUACUGUCUGCAGCAGUCGUCCAAUAUUUUUUUAUUUCACCGUAUUGUUGUAUAGCCGGCAUAAUACCUAUCGACUAUCCGAUAAUACUAUUAUACAGCUGUAUAGACAAUAUUUUAAUGCGUAUACAAUAUAGGUACAUGUACAGGACGAUUGAUGUAAUUCACGAUUUCGUUUUCGCAUUUAAAAUGUUCCGUACGUGUGAUGUACUAAAGGGUACUAUUUAUUCGGUCUCCCGGGGAAGAAGGGCUUUUCGGGAUUUUAACAGCAAAUUUUAAAAUUUGUAUUCGGUUGUUAUGAAACUGUCAAACGUUGACAUAAUUGUGCCCUUUUUUUCCUGGGACCAAAGAUAUUGUAAUGGAGAACCUCAAUGUUGAGAAAUCUCGUAGUUUUCGUCCGCGUUUUCCGUCGUAUUGUUCCGCCGAACGUAUUAAUAUGUGCUAAAAUAUGCAGCUCUUGGUAGAAACAUGUUUCGGUUUGAUUAGUAUCUAUAAUCGCAUUGAUUGUUGUUGUACACUAAAUGUAUUAUUUUAAUAUUAUAAUCUAUACUAAUAUAAUAUAUAACAUCAGUGUUAUAGCGUUAGUGAAGUUUCUGUACACUAAAAUGUCGUCUAUGUAUGGAACAACUAAACGUGUACAGACUCGUGGGAAAAUGAGGGAAAAGGUAACGUGGUGUCCGGUUCAGAAAAACAUUUGGAUUUUUUGGUUUUCACCGGGGCUAAUUAUUGUUGUACAAGGAAACCGACCGGUAAAAAUGUAGGGGCCCGAAUUUCUCCCCGAUUUCCGAUAGAAAUUGAAAUCAUUAGGUACCUAUAUACUAUUCACGCUUAACAACUUAUAAUUGAAUCCAAAUAUAAAUUCUAAGACCCAGGAGAGAGAGUCGUUCGCCCUGUUCCCCUCACCCUAUUAAUAGUGUCACUGCAUACAUUUGUUUUGAAUAAAUAAAUAUAUAUAUAUAUGUAUAUAAAAUGUCUUCAGAUUUAUGAAAUACAUAUUAUUAUUGAUUCGAUAAACCGUUAAGUACGAGUGUACUGUUUUUAAUGUUGUAUAGGUAUAAUAUGUAUAAUAAUAUAAUAAAUUAUAAUUUCAACGUUAUAAUCUGCAGCAGUUUUAUGGCGCGUACGCGAUCAAUAAAACAAUAAUAAUUAUUAAUAAAAAUCACAGAAGACGGAUCAAAUAUUGUAUAAUAAUAUAUUAUACACAGAGUAUAUAAUAUUAUACGAUGUUUAUUUGCCGCGCCACGAGUUAACUCAUAUUAAAAGCGAUUUGUACAGACAAUAAAAAUGUCACCUAGUACUUAUGCCGCAGCGCACUAUAUAUUAAAAUAUUGUCAGAAAUUACCGCUAAUUUAUGUCGUACCUUACGUUGCCUUAAGUAUAUUUCGUGUGCAUGGAAACGGUUCUUAAAGAGUCCGCCACAGUGGCAUUUGCCGCUUUUGUACACUUCCAACGGAUAACGUAGCGAAAAUGCGCGCACCCGUAAAACAAUAAAACCUAAACGACAAAAUUUCGAAGACAAUAAACUCGUCUAUGUAAUUAUACCUUAUCACUGUAUAAACGGUACAAAAAUCGUAUUUCGUACCUAUAUUUUUUUUUUUUUUUUUUUUGAACUCUUUAAAUAAUUAAUAAUUGAAAAUUGGUCGACGAAAUUGUUUUAAACUUAAAACUAUGGCGUUUUUGGUUGCAAUUGGAGUUUAAAUACAGGUAACAAAAUUUAAAAUAGAUAAUAUUUUCGAAGGUACCUGCACGUUACUUUUUUCCAAAAAAUAUUAUCAAACAAAACAUUCAUGUUGGUUUUCACUUUUUAAAAUAGCUGUAUCCUAUUUUUUUUAGUUUAGCAAGGUUCAAUUUUGUUACUUGUGUUUAAACUCUCAAUGGCAAUCAAAACGCCACAAUUUCAAUUCCAAGUUAAGUAAUUUCGCUAUGUUGUCUGUUAGUUGCACUGAUAAAUUAAGUGUAAGUUUAUGACGUUUUUUUAUCAUGCCAUAUAUCGCCCGUAAUUUGAUUGUAAAAACUGCUUUACGCGGAAAUACAGGUAGAAUUGUCAAAAUUCCAUAACACACAAAGAAAAAAAUGUAUCCUAGUCUGUUUGCGUGCUUAUUUAAAUUUUUUUACAUAGUUGUUUAUGGAAAUUUAAGUUACCUGUUUGUUAACUUACAGUUUUUUUUUCUAAAUAUAGGUAGAACACGCACCAAAGACAAGUACAGGGUUGUAUACACCGAUUUGCAGCGUUUGGAGCUCGAAAAAGAAUUCCAUUUUAACCGGUACAUUACCAUAACGAGGAAAACCGAGUUGUCCAAAAUGCUGAGUCUAUCCGAAAGACAAGUGAGUACAGUAAUACUUAUCUGGAUCAUUACUUGUAGAUCUGCCGAAAACAAACCGUAUAACCGAUAGUUAAUAUACUUAGAUUAUAAACUCUUUUUUUCUUCUUUUUUUUAUUACAGCCGAAAAGCAUUUAUUUUUUAUACAUUAUACAAUUUUAACUCAAUACAAACUGCGAGACAAUAAGUAUUUUUAAGUCAAUUAGCCUUUUAUAAGUCAAAUAAAAAUACAAACUGACCUUAUAUAACAUUUCGUGUGACUAUGUAUAGUUUAUGAACAAAAAUUAAAGUUUCAAAUUUAUUAUUAUAAUUUUUUUAUUUUAAUUUAGAAUUCAAAUGAUUUCAGAUUUUACAUAAUUAUUUUAAAAUUUAUUUUAAGCCAUAAUAAAAUAAAAAUAAAAAUACAAGAUGCUCGCAAAAAUAAAUUUAAAUUUUUUUUAAAUACUUCAAACCGUACACGAUGAUCCGUGGCAAUUUUCUCGAAGGAUUUCAAGUAAAUUUGAUUUCUGAUAUUUUUGUUUCUAAUCAUUAUAUGGAAUUGUUUAGGCUUUAUUCAAACAUUAUUUUCAGAUUUUUACACCUACUCCUUGUUUAUCUUCGAUGAAUGUUAACCCUGCUCCCUUUUCGACACAGAUUCAAACAAAGAAUAUUAUUCUAAAAAUGUUGCUAUGAAUAAUCACAUAACAUUUAUAAUUAGGGUAAAGGACUUCUAACAUUUACAUAUUACUUUUAAACGAUUAAACAAAUAGCAUAGUUAAACAUAAAUACUGUUCAUCGUGUAAAGAAUCUAAAUCCUUAAUUAUGUUUUACAUAUUUUACAGUUUUUGCUUUUUAGAGCAUAUAUUUUAGUAGUAUGUUUUUAAAUGUUUUUUUAUUUUUAUUUUUUUUUUUUUUGUGAAAUAUUAACAUAAGUUAUUACAUAUCAACAAUACCACUUUUAAAUAUUAUAAAAGGAUAUACACUCGUAUCUUAUCUUAUCGUAUGCCACGUAUUUUGUAAACUUUUUUUUCCGGUUUGUAUUGUUCAAAUUUAUACGCACUGAUAUGCGAUAGUAUAAUUCAAUAAAUUAUCGUAAAAUAGUCACUAUAGUUAACAAUCAUUGAGAUCAAUAACUCAUACUAUUAAUCUCAAAAUAAAGUUUUUAUGUAGAUACCAUUAAUAAUGGGAAAAAAAUAAUAUAGUUACGUUUUUAGUAUACAAUUUCAAAACAUUUUUUGAUGUGUAUUUGAAUGUUUUUUCAAGCAUAUUUGCAUGUUUUUUAGAUCUAGAAUUCCCGAAGCUUACAGUAAUAAUAUAUAAAUAUUGGAUUUAUCGUUUAUGAGUUACCUAUACCAGUUAAGAAUUAAAACCUCGGAAGUAAAGGACAUGAAAAAAAUGAUUAAUCCUAAUAACGAUAAUGGUUCAUGAUAAAUAAUAAUCCGGUUUUAUUGAAAAUUUAAAUUUUCGAAAAACACGGUUUAGAACAAAAUUAUAACGGAAAUAGUUUGAUAUAUUAUUAUAUAUAGUCACUUUUAUUAUUAAAAAAGAUUUAUAAUAUAUCUUAUCUGUAGUUAUUGUUGUUCUAUUAUAUUUCACCCCGAGCAUGAUGUGGGUUACAUACCGCGUAUUGUGUUGUCAACAAUAUACUAACAAAAAACCGUUAAGGUCAUUUUUCCCGAGCAACAAAUUGGAAAAAAAAAAGGUUACAUAUUUAUUUUCUAUACGGUCCCUAUUAUACCUACACGGGUCGUUCGUAUACGAUAGUAUUAAAAUAUUGUGGCGAAAAGAACCGCAGUCGGCACUUUCAAAGGAAAAUACUACUCCCAAAAACCACAUGUUCCACUCGAAUAUUUAUAUAUAGUAUUAUAUAUAUAUAUAUUUAUUAUGUUAAUAUAUCUUUAUUAUUGUUUAAUCCUUUAUUAUUAAGUGUAUCGUAUCUGUGUACAAUAAUUUGAAUAAUACCUCAAAGAGAAUAAAUAUCGUUUAUCGCCAGAGCAGCCGAAAUUAGUUUUUUCAAAGCCGAUGUUGUAUUAUAUAUACCUUCCUAUAUUUAAAUAAUUAUAUAUACACGAUCGAAUACAUUAACAAAUAUUAUUUACCAGCCCGGUUCGUAUAUGAAUAUUUUAAUUGUACAGUGUACACCCUCAAAUAGUCACCUAUAUUAAAUAUGACAGAGGUACCGUUAAAAAACUGUACUGCCAAUAUGUGUUUUUGGAGGACAAAAAUCCGAUAAAAUAGUUAAAUUCGAUUUCUUUUAAUGUAAACUAAUUUUAAAAUAAUUAUAAUUUUCACGUCUAUGAAAAUAUUGUAACAUUAGAAAAUAAUAAUAAUAAUAAUAAUGGUUUAACUUAAGUUAUUAAGAAGAUUAUAAUAAGAAUAUUAACUUGACCGAGUCGGUAUUGUUCGUACGAUUAUUAUUGUUAUUUUAAUAAAAAUAAACAAAAAAAAAAAUUAUUAACUAUAGGUAGCUAGGUAUCUGCUGCGAAUCGUUUAAACUUUAAAUCAGUCAAGUGUGUAUUGCGUAAAGGCACUUUAUCUUAUAUUAAUAACGUACACUUUUAAUAUGCAUAUAACUUCUUCACUCCAUCAUAUUCUUCUAAAAAAAAAUUAUAAAAUAAUUCUACUGUUUGCUUAAUACCGACGAGAUUAAAAUUGUUUAAUCGUCCGUGACGCUAUAAUUACGUUGUGAUUAUUUUAAAAACCGAAAACACUUGACCGAGUCGGUAUUGUUCGUACGAUUAUUAUUGUUAUUUUAAUAAAAAAAAAAAAAAAAAAAAAAAAAAUGUUCAACUUAUUUACCUAUUAUUAUAUGACUUUCUGCGACAAAUGUGUUUAUCAAUUUUAAAUAUUAUUCACGUUUUAGAUUGAAGAAUAGAAUAUAUUAAACGAUAACGACGCAAAGAAAAUACAAUUUUCUACAGUUUUCUCAAUCUCGACUUGAGUUAAUUUUUUAUUUUGUUUGUGUGUUAAAACUCGUACACAAUAAGGUAACACAAAGAAAACUUAUAAAUAUAUAAGUAUAUAUUUUUGUGUUUAAUUUCUAACGAAAUAAAAUCAUGUCAUUUUCUUUAGGGCUCUACUUGUGUUAUAAGUGGAUACAGUGGUGCCGAACUAAUUUUUUUUUAGGUGUGGCAAUGCAGUCCGUCUUCAUUAUUUAAAAUGUCGUUUUACAGCAAAGUAAAAGGGUACAAUUUUUUUUUUUUUUUUGUUAAGGGAUACAAGUGGAAACAACUCGAGUACAUAAAAAUUAUGUUAGUCAGAAAUCGAUUCGAGGAUCGUAAAUCCUCCCUAGGGAGACGGACAAUGAACAUCAAUUUAUACCCAUCUACUUUUAUACGGCAUUGAACCUAAACCGUGCAAAACCCCCCACACCAUCUAUACCGUUUUCUUAAACUACAAAACAUUAUUUAAAAAAAUAAUAUUAUAUUCUAAAUAAUGUUUACAUUUUUAUAUUAUUUAAUAUUUGAACACAUAAAUAGGUAGUUUAAUUUUUAAUUAGCAUAGAAAUGAUUUAUGUUUUUAUCAAAAUCAUAUCAUGUAAUACAAAUUCAAACUAUUAGAUUGUUUAAUAUUGUUAUAAAUAUUUUAAAUUCUAAGCGAAGCAAGGAAUGCAUUGGUUUUACAAUGAUGUUUAUUUACGAUUUAAAGGAUCUAUUGGUUUACUAUUUAUAUACCUACUGGUCAUUUUUUUUUUCUGUUUGUAAAUAACUUUUCUACCUGAAGUCUUGCUCCGAUGUAUAAAGUGUAGCAUUUUUUUUGAAAGUAAAUAUUCUCUUAUUCUUGCAUUAGAGAGGUAAUUUUUAGAUUUUCCAAUGGGUUUUCAAAUAAUUCGGAAAAACCUGAAAGAAAAUUCUAGAUAAAAUGGCAAAUGUUUACGGCCCGUCGUGGUCUUACCGAUUUCAUUGUUUUUAAUUUUCGCACACGAUGUUUUCUACCAUAAAUAUUGCUUCAAUAGAAAUAUAGCAAAAGACCUCUUUUGUUGAAUUUUUAAUCUAGUUUAUAAGUAAAUAAGUUUUUUUUUUUUUUUAUUAUUUUCUCUGUUUUUCUUGAUAGUUUUUGUAAUAAUUGAGUAAAAACGUAACAUGAAAACUGACAAGUUUAUAGCGUUACGAUUUUAUUAUUUUAAAUUUUUAGGCUUUCCGUUUUCUACAAGAAAUAUUGUUCUAAAUAGGAAAACAACAAGAGAUCUUUUUUGUUAAAUUUUUAAUCUAGUGGGUGACCAAGAAAGUUGUUUAUUGAUUUUCUUAGUAGUUUUUUACUUAUUGAGCAAAACUAAAAAAUACGUAGAAAAAACAAAUCAUUUUCAAAAAUUAUUAUUUUAUUAUUUUAAAUUUUUUUUUUUUAUUGUAAUUCAGUUAAAAAUAUUUGUAGAAAUUUGAAAUAUUGACGAAAAACUUACAUUUGCUUUUUCAGAUGUGGUCAAAUUUUCAAAACAUUAGAAUCAUUUUUAAGCUAUAGGCUUUUCAAUUUUGCAAGUUUUUUACAUAAUUUUUAUUUGUUAGAUACUCUGCGGGUAAAAUUGUUGGACUAAUCAGAAAUACUUAUCAUUUUACAGGAGAUUUAAUACAUAAUUUAUUUAGUGAUCAAAAAAAAAUUUUGCGUAAUGUAGAAUUUUUAUCAGCUCUUUUAUUUUUCAAAUACAUACACAAUUUUAUUAUUCUUGUACUACAAAAAUAUAUAAUCUCGGAUUAUAACCAAUAAUAGUUUUAACAAGAACAAUACUGUCAUAGUGUUAUGUAUAUGUAUCCACUCUGUAUAGCCUGCGUACAACACCGUAAAUUAGCUGUAACCGCUGUUUGUAGAUUUAGAAAUUUAUAAGGUGGGUGCAAAUGGUUAUCUAUCGUAUAACUAUUAAUCAAAUAGUUAUCCGUUUUUUCUAACGCAAUCACACAGUGCACACUACGACAGUCUAAGAAUAGACUAGUUCGCUUUGUUUGUACUAUUAUGUCCACCGCUCCUUGUAUUAAUAUUGUAAAACUAUACAAUGUUUUAUACUUAAAAACCACCAAUGCUCGGGGAUUAAGCCACCCCUUAAAUUAGGUUUGGAAAUCGCCACACUUAAUAUAUACAGCGCCACUGGGUAGGUACAAAAUAUAUUAUAAAAGUAGGUCAUCGCGUUAUUGACAUUAUUCAUUUUAUUAGUUCGAAAAAAUUGUCAUAAUACUCGCCUAAAUGUUGCAGGGUCUGUGUACCCUUUAAAACCUAUUUUGUUUUAACGCCGAUAGUUUGAGUUUUUUUUUUUUUUUUUUUUUUUUUUUUUGUAAUAUUGCUUGCUUCUACCGGCGUUAAUCAUGAAAAGUAACCCAGAAAUCAAUGAUAAAUAAUUCGUUUCGCACGGAUUUGGUACGCCAAAAAAAAAAAAAAAAAAAUCAAAGAUAAUAAUUGUGUCCACGGCUCGUGAUUUUGAAAUCCAAAUCACCGAAAAAUGAUGAUAAAAAUUAAAUAAAUUUACCGUAUUGCUCUUCUAUAUUUACCAUUGACACUAAACCACGACGCCCCUGCCGAGAGCCGCGACGCGCAAGUCGAAAACCACUGGUAUAGGAGUUAAAUAAUUGGGGAAUAAAAAUUAUAGAUUUCGACCUUAUUCUUGUUUUGAAGGUCGAGUGCAGACGUCGGAAUAAGACUGUAUGCGUGUAUAGUUCUAAUAUAAUGUUGUACAACUACACAGAACCACCACCGAGAACCGACCACACUUUCAAACGCACACAGUGUUAUGAUAAAUAUUGUAUUUAUUAUUAUAACGUUUAGAUUAUUAUGUAGAUUUUCGAUAACAACCUUAUUUAUAAUGCGGAAAAUCCGUCGUAUGCUUUCAGGUGAAAAUAUGGUUUCAAAACAGGCGGGCCAAACAGCGGAAAAUCGACAAGAAACGCGAAGAGACGAUUAUCAACGAAAACGCGAAACAGCUGCAGAUUCAAACGCCAAUCGAUUCGAAUUACUCGAUCGAGAGCUGUUCGCCUCUGUAAUACAAAUUGCGUGUUCGCGUGCAAACACACCUCUCAGCUACAGACAUAUUAUGCUGAUCGACUGUAUCUUGCAAUUAAAUAAUAUUAUCGGGGUUGAAAGGAAAAAAAAAAUCCAAAUUAUGUGCACCAGCACAAUUUGCCGAACUGUUAUUAUUUUGUACAUAAUAUCGACGACCAUAUAACAAUAAACGCCUACGCGUGUGGUGAAAAUUGUCGUUUAGUUAUACUCGCGGUUUAUUGGCGCGUUUGUGUAUUACCGGCCGUAACCAAUUUUUAACGUUAAGUUUUUUUUUUUCUUAUUAUUAUUAUUAUUAUUAUUAUUUAUAAUUUAUUAUUAGCAAAUGUUUUCUUUUGUUUUCGUAUUACCGCUUACCGUUCAAACAUCGGUCCAACGAAAAAUCAAUAAUAUUUAACAACCGUGUUUUGUAUAUAAUCGUUUUUUCCUUCUUAUUAUUUUUAUUAUUAUACAAAUAUUAUUCGUUACUCUAUAUAUAUUAUUAUAUUAUUUUACCAAAUAUGUAUCGUGAGCUUAUUAUGUUAUUAUUAAAAAAGAAUAAAAAUCGUCGCCGUGUACAUAGAUUACAGUAAUAUUAUGAUAGAUGAACCUUAGCUCUCGGUAACAUGCGCAGCGCGGGAAUGAGCGAAUUACGUUCGUGUUUACCAUCAGAAACUUAUCGAACAAACGUGUGUAACAUCGGAUUCGUUGAUCCGUUCGGCUGUAAACGACAUUAUUAUAACAUUAUUAUUGUAUACAUAAACGCAAACUACUUAAUCCCGUAUAGUAUAGGUAUAUACCACUAGUAGGGGAACUUAAAAAUAAGAUUGUAUAUGACGUAAAAAAACAAAAAAAUUUUAAAACGGAAAAAGAAAAUCGAAGAACAAUGAAUGUACGAUAGUAUUUUGAUAAUGUUUUUAAUUAUUAUUAUUCUUUCAUUAGUUGUACUAUUAUUUAUAAAUUAUUAUCAUUAUUAUGAUUUAUUAUUAUUUUUAUGAUUUAUUAUUAUUUUUAUGAUUUAUUAUUAUUAUUAUGAUUUAUUAUUAUUAUUAUUAUGAUUAUUAUUAUUAUUUAAGUUUGAUUUAUUUAAGAUUUAUUGAUUUUUGUUCGUUCGUAACGCGCUUAGAAACAAACAUUUUUUUUUUCUGUAAUGAAAUUACUUUGGUCAACGCGCUAUCAUGUAAAAAAAAAAAAAUCAUUCAGAACACUUUCUGGUAUAAAUUGAGAACUGCUUGAAUUAUUUGUUCCAGUGUGCAAAUUAUGUAUUUUCAUCAUCAUUUUUAUGUCCAUGCCAUAAUGACGAAAAAGUAAUAUCUCUAGUUGAAGUAUGUGAUGAUUUAUUUGUUGUUGUGAAUGGCAAAUUUUGUUGUUGAAAAUUAUUAAAAGUAUGAUCUGGAACACUUUCUGGUAUAAAUGUCGAGUUUUUUUUUUUUUUUUUAAUUAUUUGUUCCAGUAUUCAAAUUCUUUUUUUCACUAUCAAUC